AUGGCCGGGACGAGCAGCCCCGAGGCCGUGAAGAAACUGCUGGAAAACAUGCAAGGCGACCUGCGGGCCCUGAGCCUGGAGUGCCGGAAGAAAUUUCCUCCCGUCAAGGAGGUGAGGGAUUUUUUUUGGUGGGGGGAGAGAAACUGGACUGUCGGGGGGGGGGCGUGUCAGUGUUUGUGUGUAUUUGUUGUGUCGUGUUGGCCUUUCCCCGGCCUGCUUUAGGAAGAGGUACGUGGGGUCUCGCUGAGGCCUUUCCUCUCCACCCACCCCCGUUGAGAACUGAAAUCCCGGAGUGGAACCGAGUCGGGUGGCUGCGUCUACAUUGCAAACGUCUGCACCACUUGGCCACCACGGUCCGCUUGCAGCACUUUCUUGUAACAAGCAGUUCCCGGUUCCACCUCCCUCUUCCCAGACUUCAGUCUCUCUAGUGGGCGAACUUUUUAAGUGUGCAUCUCCCAGGCUUAGCAAUGCUGCCCCUUUUUUUUUUGCUGGGGGAGGCAAUCGAUACCGCUCAAAAGAUAGGCAAAAGCCUUCUUAUCAUCUGUUAGGAUAACUUGGAGGCCCUUGUUUGGAGACAGGCGGCUUUGAAUAUAGUAGGUUUCAAGGCACUGGUGGUAGCAACUGUUUGGGUAAUCAACAAGGAUUGCAUUACCCAAACGAGUUUGCAAGCUGUUCCUGUUUUGCCACCGAUAGGUAAGCAGGUUUCCGUUGUAUAUUAAAUUUGAAAGUGGCACUUGGAACAGCUCCCAUGUACGUAUCAUAUUGCUGUCUUUUCCCACUUGCGAGAGGUUGUUGUUGAUGGUUUGCGUAUGUGAGUCUUCAAACUUUGGUAAGGACUUCAGAAUUUUAAGAACUUGAGCUCUGAGAAGCAUGCCCUGUUUAAUAUCGUAAAACUAAGUAAAUCAAGCAAAGUUUGUUUUUUGCAGAGUGAAAUGAUCAAUGCCGAAGGUGAGAAUCAUAACUAAUAAUAAUAUAAUAUGAGUUAGGGUUGGGUGGCACUGUUUUGCAGUGGUUCUGGUCCUACUUGGAUGGUUGUUUCCAGAGUGUGGUGCUUGAGCACUGCUGUCAUUGUCCAUCCAGGUGAUAUUACCAUCAGAGUAUUAUCAGACCACAUUCUAGCCAGUCAUAAGCAUGGAGGGCUGGUAAGGAGCAUGGCUUGGGGAAUGACCAUACAGAGAUGUCUAGAGGGCUGCAGUUGCCCCCCAAGCCUGAGGUUCCCAUCUCUGUGUAAUGAUAUUUGCCCCUGUAAAAAUUCAGGAGCUCUUGAUUGUUGAAAUCAAUAAGCUAAGACUGUAGUGAUGUUUUUAAUGAAUUGAAAGAGAAUUGCAUGUUGCUAGCAUUGCGUUCCAUAAGGCGGCUAUGGGGAAAGUAAACAAAUAUGUUAAUUUGAUAUAAAACAACCUCUUAAUGUGCUAACCUGAGGUUCUAAUGUUUUGUUGUACUUUGUUAUAGAUUUGUUGUACUGUGCCUAGAUUAAAAUGUGGAGCAAAGGGUCUUCUGUUGUAUAGUGCGAACCUCACCUCAUUGAUACCAAAAGUGUUCUAGGGUGUACUUGAAAUCCAUAGCUUCAACCUAUAGGACACAAACGAAUAUGCCAAUUAAAGUAUAUUCCCAUGAAAGGGUUUUUUGACGGGGUGGGGGUAAUAGUAUUGUAUACCUGAAGGAGCAUCUCCACCCGCAUUGUUCUGCCCGGACACUGAAGCCUACCUCCAAGGGCUAUCUGGCGGUUCCCUCACUGCAAGAAGUGAGGUUACAGGGAACCAGGCAGAGGGCCUUCUCAGCAGCGGCGCCCUCCCUGUGGAAUGCCCUCCCAUCAGAUGUGAAAUAGAUAAAGAACUACACAACAUUUAGAAGACAUCUGAAGGCAGCCCUGUAUCAGGAAGUUUUUAAUGUUUGGCGUUUUAUUAUGUUUUGAUGUGUGUUGGAAGCCACCCAGAGCUUCCAGAUGGGUGGGGAUGAUGGUGGUGGUGAUAAUAAUGAUAAUAAUGAUAAUGAUAAUAAUAAUAACAACAACAACAACAAGAUGAAGAUGAUCGGGGGGGGGCUAUUAGAGCUUCAGUCAAAGCCUUCCAUGCAUAAAAAUCCAAAACAUUUGGGUGUAACUCACCACGUAGUCAUGCAUCAGGUUUGUAGAUUUGCCAAGUUGGUGGCAAAGUUAGUAGCAGGUAGCAUCAUAGAUAGCACUGAAGGAUGUGAGUAGGAGAGAAAUGAUUGCUUGAUUUGAUGGAAGAUUUGACUUCCCUUAAGGCAGAUUUGAGUAGUAAGUCUUCAAAGUUUUAAGAACAAAAUUUGAGAAUCACAGUUUCUACAGAAUUUUCCUUUAGUUUCCAUAAAAUGUUACAACUCUACAGUAUGCAAGAUGCAAUAUUUUAGAAUAUCAGGGCUAACAGAAAGUGAACUGUUUGGUAAAUACACUAUUUUAAAAUGCUACAGUUAGACCCGCCUAUUAUUAUUUCCUUUUUUGUAGGAUAUAUUCACAAUUUAAAGAAUUUGAGAGGACAAACAUUUGGGGGAGGCAGGAUAUAAAGUAACCUUUGUUCUUUGUUAGCCUGCACUACAUGUCUGGUUUCUAAAGUAGCAUUGAACUGCAUGGUACUCAUUGCACAAGGAACAUUAACCAUUUUUUUAAACCCAGUAGUGAAUCCUGUACAUGAAAAUAAAGCAGAAUUUUUUUGUUUUAGUAUUUUUACUAUCAUUCCAACACCACGUAAUUUGGCAGGUGUAUAGCUAUAACGCUUCAUUUUAUGUAGCUUGUAAUGCCUUAGAUCCACUAGCAGUGCAGUCCAUUGCACAUCUGCUCUCGCUGAACGCAUUGGGACUUAUUACCAGGUGAUCCAGGUUCACCCUCCAGAGCAGAUUUUGGGGGCUCAGAUUUAAUGUUUAAUGGUCUUGGCUACAAAUUGUAAUAACACAACAUUAAUAAAAUUAUAGGGAUAAAUGGAAAACCUGUUUGUGUUGAAUUUCAGUUUAUACACAUUUAACUUCCAUUGUCAAUCUAUGUUCAAGCUUGAUAAUAAAAACUUUACGAUUAGAAGGGAUAUAUUUAAAAGUACAAUCAUAUGCUCAGUGUGAUCUUGCAAACAGACAGUGAAGCCAGGGCCUGUGGUUAAUGGAGUCUUUGUGCCAUGUACCACUAAUACAUGUGCUGGACAAAGCCAGGCUAUAUCUGUAUGCUGAGUAAUACUAUGGUGGUUACUCUUUUGUAUAUACAGUGGUACUUCAAGUUACAAAUGCCUCAGGUUACAAACUCCACUAACCUGGAAGAAUUACCUCAAGUUGAGAACUUUGCCCCAGGAUGAGAACAGAAAUUGUGUGCCGGCAGCGCAGCAGCAACAAGAGGCCCCCAUUAGCAAAAGCACGCCUCUAGUUAAGAACAUUUUCAGGUUAAGAAUGGACCUUUUAUUUCAUUGUCCUCAGCAAGGUAGCUUUAGCAAUUACUUGAUACGGCUGACUGUUAGUCCUCCACAGCUCUGCUCCUGCUUUCAUUUAGAGCCCGUCAGCAUAAGCUGACAAUUUUGAGUAGCGUUGCCUUUCUAGCUGAGUCAGCAGUUUCAAGAUUCUGAACUAGGAUUGCAGUUUUACAGAAGGUUCAGGUUACUGCUGAGGCAAAGUUAUCUGCUAUCUAGGAGCACAGGCAUUGGUGUGGUAAAAUAUUUAGCAAGCUAAUAGGAAUACUUAAAAGGACUUUGAAUUUUUCAGCUGUACACUAGUCUUUAAAAUGUACUAACUUCACUUAUUGAAGGAGCUGCACUGUAAAAUAAUAAUAAUAAUAAUAAUAAUAAUUUAUUCCGGAGGUCCGUACUUAACCUGAAACUGUUCUUAACCUGAAGCACCACUUUAGCUAAUGGGGCCUCCUGCUGCUGCCGUGCCGCCAGAGCACAAUUUCUGUUCUCAUCCUGAAGCAAAGUUCUUAACACGAGGUAAUAUUUCUGGGUUAGCGGAGUCUGUAACCUGAAGCGUAUGUAACCUGAAGCGUAUAUAACCUGAGGUACCACUGUAAUAAUAAUUUAUUUAUACCCCGCCCAUCUGGCUGGGUUUCCCCAGCCACUUUGGGCGGCUUCCAACAAAAUAUUAAAAUACAAUAGUCUGUCAAACAUUAAAAGCUUCCCUAAAACAUAUGUAAAUAUAUAUGUCAAUAAUUCAAAGCUAGUUGUAUAUUUUAUUCUCUCACCUUUCCCCCUCCUGGUCCCUUUAAAUAUUCGUGCUUGUUUGUUUCCCCCCUCUUCUGAUUGUUACAUUUUAUGGAGCUGUUUUAAACAUCUAGCAAAUUAUGUUACAAAAAUAAUUAAAUUAAAUUAAAUUUCAUUUCACACAGUUCACACAGCACUUUGGCAUUCAAAUAAGGCAAUAUGCUUGAUCGUGUGAUGGUUUGCAAGGUUUUUAAACUGGAUUCUUUAACAAAGUCAUUUACAGAAGCCCUUGAAACAGAAAGAAAUAUGAACAAGUUGUUUAUUAUAUUAGACAUGUUAGCUUCUAUAAGUUUCCCCCAAGGUUGUAUAUGAAACAAUGAUUGAUAUAAGAAUAUGUGGUUUAAAAUUGGACUACAUAGAAUGUCAUGAAAACUUACUAUUUAAUGUUAAAUACACAAAAUACUCUGGUAUCUUUUUUCUCUUUGGUAAAACAGAGUGAUUAAGUACUUUAUUAAUUUGCUAAUAAUGCAGUUCUAUACACACUUAACUGGUCACAACUUCUAUUAAACUCAAUGGGACUUACUUUUGAUUGGAAUUGAGCUAUAAAAUCUUGCAACCCUGGUUUCAUUUAACUUUUUUUUUGUAGCAGAACCUUGUUAGGGAAUACAUAAAAAGUAGAACAUUGUGGCAUUCUAGUUAACUUUUCAGCUGAGUCAAGAAUGUUUUAACAUCUUUUUAGUUACAGUACCCUUGUUGGAUUUUCUGCUGCAUUAGCAAGAGUGUUGUGUAUUAGAUUUAGUUGGCAUCUAAUCUGUGUAUAAGGGAGUGGUUGGAAGUAUAGACUGUGCUGAUUGGUGCAUGCACGCUAUCUGUGUAGACACAAGAUUCGUAUUCAUGUCUACCUCUCUGAAUGCCUUGGAUAUUGUGUGUGAAACAUGAAUAAGUUCAGAAAAAAAUAGUUUGGGUUGCCAUGGGAUGUUCUUAGACAGAAAUUGUGUAUUUAUUAUGUUUAUCCUUUAAGCAAUUUCCAUGCCAACACCUCAGAACUGUGUUUUUUUAACUAGGCGUUUAUUGAACGCACUUGGGUAUAUCAUAGGGGACCUUAAAAAGUGAGAAAAUUUGCAAAUAAUAAAGAGAUAACGAUGUGAAGGUCUUAAGGUGGAGAUGGGAGAUGUAAUAAGACUCGGUUGUUAAUACAUCACAUUCUGGGGCAUUGAAUUAUGCUUUCAUGGGAAGCAAUUUCUGCCGCAAGAUUUUGCAGGCAUAACAACUUUAAUUUCACUUCUGUUAAAUGAAGAAUUGCUUUCAUAUAGUACAGUCUGAGAAGUAGCUUUUAGAUUGUAAGCCUGAGGUCAGCGAUGACUUACUACUGAUUUUAGUAAGCUGCUGUGGGAGCCAUUUCAGCUGAAGAAUAGGAUAAAAUGCUUCUAAGAAAAAACUAAUAAAUUAAUAAUCUCUUGUCUUUUCUUUACAGGCUGCUGAGUCAGGAAUAAUAAAAGUAAAAACGAUAGCUGCACGAAACAGUGAUGUCUUGUCAGGUAAAUAUUUGCAAACACCAAAAAUCCAAAUCAGAAAAUUCAUUUUAAGUCUCUUUAAAUCAAAGCUUUGUAUGUGAUUUGGUGUUGAAUAUCUUUAGUGCUUUUAGAACAUGAAGAUAAUAAUAGUCUAUGGGUUUUCAAUAAAAGUUAUGACAGUGUGCUAGUCCAAUUUUUCAUCAAAGCAGGUGAAAUAUAUACAGUUAUCAAAAUUCUGGGAUAGUCUUUGGUGUCUGAAGAUCCUGUUUGAAUCCUCACUGAUUUCCAGGUACUCAAGUUCAGGGAAAGUUUACACAGCAAGCACCUGUUUACGUUCUUUAGGAUUCCACCUCAUUAUCCCCACCCCAGCAAACUAUGAUUCCUAGCUUAGCAUUUGAUUUGAACUGGGUAUAGAGGGUUGUGUCGCUCCGCAAUGUGAAGCCAGUGGCAUGCCAUGCAAAUGCAUCCAUUCCCUCUUGUAAGAAAGCAUUAAUUACCUUCCUAGUUCAACCAGCUGACCCCUCCCUGCCCAAUUUUGUAAAUGAAGAGGGGCAAGGAUCCAACAGUUGUUGCACAAACCUUACCAAAUGCUCUGUCCACGCCCUCAGGCUGCAACAACUGAAACCUGUCCGACAACAUCCAACAAAUAAGUGCUCCAGAAUUGCCUGCUCUAAAACCUGGAGUCCAAGUUCCAGUGGGUGCAAGUGAUUUUAUCCUCAUAAUGCCUUGCAAACAGUCACAGGCUCUACCAUGUGCCUAGGCCCACAGGUUAUAGGCCUUAGCCACCCAGAACAACUGCACUGGAUGACAAAACUGGGGCACAGAGGAAGCUUACUUUGCCACCUUCAGACCUACUGAAUAGAGUCUGACCUGAGUACAUUUGCUGUGAUUUUCCCCCACCUGCUCACUCGCUUAAUAGUUCUCACUCUAGAGCAUAACACAGAGCUCUGCUUACUUUGCUCGUUGGGAGGGGUGUUCAGACUCCCAUGUCACCUCUGUGUUUGGCAGAAGAGCCAGCCUUGCCAAUUGGAAAGCUCCCUGGGGCCCUCCGGAAAACCAUUCGAAUCCAUUAGUCUCCAGGAGUUGGCCAUUUUAAUAGGUCCUCCAUUCCUGCAGUUUUAGAAUUCUGAAAUUCUAAAACUCGACAACAACACCCCACCUCCCAGUUUAUCCUCUCCCUUCUCAACCAAGGAUGACAAAUAUUGAGUGUGCCCUCCUACAAAUGUUGAGCUACGUUGGGGCAGCCCCAUGGAUGUCAUGGUGACCCUGAGCAUGCUAUUGGCCAGAAUAUGUAGAAACACACUCCUGGAGGUAUGGUUGUAUGAUCUGGAGUGACACCAAUCUUAAUACAGGGUGCACACCCUGCUUUUUUGUGUGUUUUAGCUAUUAUUGGUGUAAGUUAACACAGUGUACAGUGUCUUGUGCCAAAACAAAGCACAGAACUGGAUGCAAUUCAAUACCAUCCUGUAGAGGACAGUCUUCCGGGGUUGAGGGUAUAUCAUUUGUGUUUGCCCAUAUAUUAUUUUGGGUUGCAUACCCCCUGUUCCUUAUUGUGUUCCAUGUAUUUUUACUGCUAUUUGCAUUAUACAAACAACAACAACAAUCAUGUAUUACAGUGGUGCCUCGCAAGACGAAAUUAAUUCGUUGUGCGAGUUUUUUCGUCUUGCGAUUUUUUUUGUCUUGCGAAGCACGGUUUUAACGGUAUUAAAGGUUUUAAGAAAAAGGAAACAAACUCGCAAGACGUUUUCGUCUUGCGAAGCAAGCCCAUAGGGAAAUUCGUCUUGCGAAGCAACUCAAAAAACGAAAAACUCUUUCGUCUUGUGAGGCAUUCGUCUUGCGAGGUACCACUGUAUGUUACUGUAUUAGCUGUUACUGAAGUACUCCAAAACUUAUAGUUUGACAGACAUUUUAUAGAUGUAGGUGCCCUGUUUCAUGAGAGAGAUGCUGCAGGAAAAUGGCUUCUGGAGACUAAGCCAAUAUGCACAUGUCUGCUCUUUUUCCUCCCAAUUCCAAACUGUCUUAUGGGUCAUCCAAGUGAAAAUUGAUGUCUCCUUCCAGUUGAACAGCAGAACAAAGAAGCAAAAUUGCUGGUGAUAUGGAGAAAAGGAUGUGUUGCUGCAUGGGUGUGUUUGGAGAAGUAAAAGUGAUAGAGAGGACCUCUCCAAAACAUUCCUCCCACAACUUAUUCUGUGAAAUUUAAUGGACAGUAAAUGAAAUAUUGCCAGUUUCAGCCUUCUUUCUUUAGUUAUAUUAAUUACUGAAUGAAUCUAUGAUUUUAAUGUAGAAUUUUAGGGUAACCAAAUACAAUUUAAUAUAUUGCUUGUACUUAUUGAGAGAGUAAAAUAUCCCCAAAUCUCACAGAUUUUAAAACUGCGUCUUAUGAUGUUUUGCAAACUGGAAGUGAAGACAACUGGAAAGAGUGUCUGUAGGAGUCAGAGAUAAUUUUGUACAGAUGGCAAUAGUGGCAGUGAUUUGAAAGCAUUCAAAAUUCAAAUAAAUUGUGUAAUUCCCUUCCUAAAGCUAAGUAGCUCUGAAGAUCUUCCAACUAGUACUUAAAUUGGAGCUUAUCUGGAUACCCCAUGCCCACUUCUUAAAAAAAGGGCUAGGGAAUGUCUGGCCCGCUGGUCAAACUUGGCAUUCCAUGAAAUUUGGCCAACAAGACUUUUUUCACCACCUGCCCCACAUCUGAUGCUUUAUGUGGGGCAGGUGACAUCAUCUGUUCUGUCAUCCUGGAAAGUAUGCUGCUGAUUGGAAGCCCUGUACAGCGAACUUUGUAAUGCCUGCAGAAAUCCCCUUGUGCUGGGGUUCCCAAGUGCCUGUCAGCCACCCACCCCAGUCAACAACAGUCAGAAUAUAAAAAAUAUAAAGAAUUGCCUUAGGAGAUUAAAAAAAAACCUGUAAAAAGAGUUUACCAUAUAUGAGCCCCAUUUGCCCAGUGCAACAAGAAGUUGCCAGAACAGGAAAGUUUUCACCAACUUUCCUCUCCCACCUCCCAAUAAUUUGUCCAUUUAAAAAAUUUAACUGUUCUCAUGUGUACUUUGCUCCAAUAUUGUGGUAGUAUUAUAUGAACUUUGUAUUAUUUAGAUUUUAUGGAGGAAAAUGUAUGAUGUCACCAAGGACACCUAUACCCACUUUCCUGGAAGUGAACCCUGUUAAACUCAAAUCUUUCAUUUGAGAUUUACCUGUUACCAUCUUCAUUCCAGUUACCCAAUCUGAUUAGUUUUAUAUUCACUCAUAUUACUGUUAUGAACCAAUAGACUUUGAAAAAUGCUUUAUUUUUCUAUUCCAUUUCCUCCUGUUCACUGGUCCACAACCGGUAUCUUAAAUAACUAAUUAAGAUUAGAAAAAUACUUCUCUUGUUGGUUAUUAUUCUUUUAAGUGUGAUGUUGCACUAGCAAGUCUUAAGCGUUAGUGUCACCAGAGAAAAUAUUUAUAGUUGCUUCUGUGUACUUGAGAGUACAUGAGUACAGAAGGGCAGGGGCAGGUGGUCUGUUGCAGCAAAAAUGAUUCCACAAUUAGUUUUUAUUGUUUAGAGUAGUUGAUUUUGAAUAAUUACUCUAGUAUUACUUAAAGAAUAUACUUUAGAAUAGUUCUUGCCCUAUUUUUUCACUUUAACACUUCUAUUUAAUUUAUUUUUCUUUUGUUUUCAUUGCUAUCAUGAAUGCUGACAUAAGUGGGGAAGCUAUGACAGGUAAUGUCAGCUAUAAUCCAAACAAACUUGCACUAAGAGACAGAAGCAUCUCAUCAUAUCUGUUUAAAGAACUAGAUAGCAUACAGUGAUUUAGUGUAUGGAAGACAGUUGCAGCCUCACAAAUAUCAUUAUGGGCAAGACUUACAACUAGUAACAAAACUCGGGAUUAGUCUUAAAAGACAUAAGCAACCUAGAAAACAGCAACAGUGGAAUUCCACCCACACCCAGUAUAAAUUUAUAUGACAUAAUAGAACCUCAGAAACUACUUCGUACUGAGUCAGACCAUUGCCUACCACACUGACAGCUCUUUGGGGUUUCAGCCUAGGGGACAUUUCCAGCCCUACCUGGAAAUGCCAGGGAUUGUUCAGAAACCUUCUGCAUUGCAGAGCAGAUGCUCUACCACUGAACUAUGGCCCUUUGCCCUAAUUAGGGAGAAUAAUUAGCUAAUUAGACUUCAAAUAUUAUAUGCCUAGAACACCAAUACAGUAGCACUUGGGAAUGCUUACUAGUACUUUUUAUCUAUAUCCUAGUACUUUAAUUUACGUUGUACAAUUCCUCUUUCAACUCAACAUUAUUUACAAGGCGCUGUGGGUUAAACCACAGAGCCUAGGACUUGCCAAUCAGAAGGUCGGCAGUUCGAAUCCCCACGAUGGGGUGAGCUCCCGUUGCUCGGUCCCUGCUCCUGCCAACCUAGCAGUUCGAAAGCAUGUCAAAGUGCAAGUAGAUAAAUAGGUACCACUCCGGCGGGAAGGUGAACGGCGUUUCCGUGCGCUGCUCUGGUUCGCCAAAAGUGGUUUAGUCAUGCUGGCCACAUGACCUGGAAGAUGUACGCCGGCUCCCUCGGCCAGUAAAGCGAGAUGAGUGCUGCAACCCCAGUCGGUCAUGACUGGACCUAGUAGUCAGGGGUCCCUUUACCUUUACCUAACGCUUUUAGGUUUAAUGGCUGCCUUGAUAAACCCGUGAAUAAUCUUCUAAGACACGAUACAUCUGUGUAUUAAUAUAGAUGCUUUCAUUACUUACAUUUUCCUAGAAAACCAAAUCAAGAUUUCUCUUUUAAAAAACAAACAAACCAUACACAGUUUGAGGCCUUUCACUCUCUCUAGGCUUUUCCAGUUUCAAGUAAUUGCGCUCUGAUAUGAUUUGAAAUGCUAUUUUGUAUCGUAGAAUUGUAGAGUUGGAAGGGACCACGAAGGUCAUCAAUAUCUCUGUUACUGUUUCUAAUUAAUCUGCUGUAGUGUCACUGAUAUUACAGAACUGGGUUGAGGGGUUAUAUAACUGAUGCCCCUUUGGAUUGUCUCUGUAGUUCAGUAUGCUGGAUAUUCGUAAUAUAAUUCUCAGUGUUAUGGGUUAUAAUCUGUUAGUGUUCUUUGCACUGUUGCACCAGCAGAUUCAUCUGCUCAUGGAAGGGGAAGAGAUAAUUUGGGCUGAUUUUCCUGAUGGACCUAACACCCUCCCCCAAACUGUUCUGGAGGAUUGAGGGACCCUCAGAACAGAUUUGGGAGAGGAAAUAGGCAAAAGCCACUUCCCCUUCUCACCCAUGAGCAGAUGUUUCCUGCUGGAUCAAACAUCCUUGUGCAAGAAAUAGACCAUCACCCUAGAGUACCUAAUAAGAUUCUAGAAAAGAGAUGCAUUUCAUACAACAUAAUUUAUGGAUCCCAUUCUUUACCAGCUCAGAACUUUGGUAAACCUCUGUCAGGGUGUACCCACUGUGUGUAUACUUAAGUGAAUUUGAGUGCUGAAUCCUGCUUAUUUGCAUAAGAACUGCUUGUUUUAAUUAGUUUCUUCAGCUAGUCUCUCUCUCCCCACCCCAUCCCCGGUUAAGUGUAAGACAAAAUACUGGAUACUGCUUAGUUGUAAGACAAAAAUCUGGUUUAAAAUUUCCAUGUUUGGAAUCAGAAGUGUAUAUACUUCAGCAGUAGCUAUAGUUUUGAGAGUUGUGUAUUGUAUUCACUGUCAAAGGAUAAAAUUCCAGAUAGAGUUUAAUAUCAAUGUAUAAUUUAAAACUAUAAUUCCUAUAGACUCACUAUGGGUAUCUUUGAGAACCUGGCACAUGUACGAUUUUGCAAACUAGGCUACCUUUCAAUUAAAUUAAAUAUUACUAUACUGUGCAAGCAGUGUGUUGACAUAGAGCAAGCCUAUGUUGAAACAAGUAGGCUGCAAUUGAGACUUGCUCUUUGAAGGAAAGGUGACAUCAAAUAAUCAGUCUUCAGUUCCAUAGUACUCUGCUCAGACUCUUGUAUUCUUGUGCAAUGAACAUAAGGAGUUAUUUUCUGCUGUGUUGGAUCACAGAGCUAUCUUGCCCAUGACAAAUUGGGCACAUAGGAGAGUCAGUAGAAUAUUGCAUAUGGUGUAUGAGAAUGGGGUAAUUCAGAGGCUUGGAAAGCAAAGUGAAUGCAAGGAGUGAAUGCUGUGCAAACAGGCAGGUGAAAGAAGAUUCAAGCAGCUGCUCCAAAAGGUUCUUACUGUGGAUAUAAAAUUAAAGUAAAAGUUCCAAAUUUGUAACUCUUUCCAUCUCUUUUAUAUAUAUUUUCCAUGAAAUACCACUAUAAUUAUAUUAAUUUUCAACAGAUGGUUUUCUUUAUUAAUCAAAGCUGCGGACUUGUGAUAUUGUAUAUUUAUUUUUUCUCCAUUUGAAAGCCUUGAAAGAGAACAGCUCAGAAGUGGUUCAGCCUUUUCUAAUGGGUUGUGGAACAAAAGAACCAAAGAUCACCCAACUAUGUCUAGCAGCUAUACAAAGGCUCAUGUCUCAUGAAGUUGUUUCAGAGGUAAGACUUGGGGUAGUCAAGUAAUGGUAUGGAAGGCCUAAUUUACAUAGCUGAAGAAUCAUUAAAAAAAUUAGAGCAUCCCAAUAAGAUAACUGACUAGGCAUAGCCUUUAGGAUAAGUGUAGAUGUAACACUACCCCAGAGGGAUUAUUAGGGGUGGCUUAUUGCAGGAGCAUUCCCCUUCAGUUUUAUUUUCAGAUGAAAUGUAUUUAGCAUUAUGAGAGUUAGUAUGGUGUGUAGUAUGUUAAGUGUUGAGGUUAGAGGAGACUCACUCAGCCACGAAGCUCACUGAAUAUUUUUGAACCAUUUGCCAACUCUCACCUACUCUACAGGCCUGUUGUGAGGAUAAAGUGGAGUUGGUAGGGGAUGAGUCAUGUGUCCUGAACUAUGCUAGCGUAAAGGCAGCAUAAACAUAUAAAUAUACCUACGGCACUAUGUUGAGUCACGGUUAGACGCUGGUACACAAACUGCAGUUUAAGGUCUCUCUGGCUAGUGUUAACAUUGAUGUUGGUGUAGCACAACUUGAAAACUGAGGGGAAGGGGAGGUGUAUGCAAGUCACCCAGGAGAAUUACACCAAGCCUUACACUUUAGGAUUAUAAUGCAAAACGGUCAGCUGCUCUAGCUUUAUUGAGGCUUUGGCUGCUGGUACAACUUAACACUCACCCAGGGAAUGAAAUUCCCACACAAAUAAAAAUUCUCUUUUCAGUGACCUCAUCUUGUCUCGCACAGUGCUGAGUCCUCACACAAUACUGCUGGUGGACCCAUCACACUUGCUGAUUCUCCCCAGCUUCUAAGCUCCAUGGCACCCUAGUAUUCCUUUCUUCAGGCUAUUAAGUUUGAGGAGUGACAGGUCAAGUUGUCCUUCUUGGGACCCUCUAGGGUCACAUGCAGUGAACCAGUCUCAUGGUAUUCUCUCCUUAAGGAGUUGAGCUGGAAGGAAAGCCUAUUAACAGGGUUCCCUGACCCUCCCCGCUAUCAGGGGAAGAAGGGUUAAGAGAUUAUGUGCCUUUGCUUUUUCUUCUGCAAGCCAGUCUCCCUCUCUUCUAUGACUGCUGCCUCUGGGCUAUUUAAUCUCAGUAGUUCCAAAAGUGCUUUGUUAUUCCCAGGUGGUAGCAGUUUUUCCCUUCCCCACCUCUUUCUUGGGUAGGCUGAGUGAGUUGCAGUCCUGCUUCCAGUAGAGGUGGAUUGGGGCCUUCUUAAAAGGUCAGUGAAAGAAAAGAACAUAUUGAGGCGAUCCCCUGCAGAUCUUUACAGAGUGAAAAAGCAUUUUCAAUAUUUAUUAAGUAUGAUAGAAUUAAUGAUUGACACUUCUGUAGUCAUUUUCCCCUCACAUAGUAUCUUGGCAUCGAAUAGCCCAUCUCAAUUUUUGUUCCCAAGGUUGCUGCUGGAAAUGUUAUCAAUAUGCUUUGGCAACUGAUGGAAAAUAGCCUUGAAGAACUCAAGCUUCUUCAGACGGUCCUUGUAUUAUUAACAACCAAUACAGUUGUCCAUGAUGAAGCACUUUCUAAGGUAGGCACUGUAUAAAUCAAAUUGUGGUAUUUCAUUAUAUGUUAACCAAUAAAUAUGAGCUGAUCUUGAAAAUUCCAUGGUGAAUCUCAAAUAAGUUUCACAGGCUGUCUUUCAUUGUACACCAAAGAAAUAUUCAGAAAAAUGGCACACCAGUGUGGCUUAUUUACACAAUACCUACAGGCCUGUUCAAGUAAUACCUUAGCUUUGAAAUUCUUCUCAGGAAAAGACUGAGAGUGACCCAUGGUCUCCUAUGUUUCCUUAAUAAUAGCAAUCACAAAUAGCAAUAUUAGGAAAAGGAUCAUUUAGGUCUUUCAUUAGUGUGGAUGAAUUAGUAAAAUCGGGGGGGAAUCCAAGAUGGCCCUUUUCGCAAUUGGCAAAUUGCCUUUUCUGGCAAAUAGGAGAGUAAUCCUUCAGGUGGGCAUCAUGGAAGAAAAGGACCAAAAUAUAUUUGUUCUUCAUCUGAGCUUUUGCCGAAAAAGUUUUCAAUAUCAUUUUACACUUAGAUUAUAAAUUAGGUUUCUGGGCAAUGUAAAAUGUUUUAAAGCUGGCAAAAUAAAAUGUUGAGUUAAACUACAAGCUUAUCAAAAUUAUGCUGCAACUACUUAAUCUCAUCCAUUAAAAGUUAUGUCAGCUAUGGUGAUCGGAUUAUGCAUAGUUUGGAUCAAGUUUUCAGUAAAAGAGAGCUGCACAGUUGUGAGGCUGUCUGAGAGUGUCUCUUUGUAUUAUUGCUGUUUGUACUUGGCACACGGGUGACAGUCAGAGGGGCAUCCUUGAGGCAUUCUUGAUAUGAAAGUGUUGAAGCAAUCGUGUGACUUGUACAUUAUUAUUUUUCUUUUCACAUGUGAAGAGGCUUUUGAUGAAACAUAAAGGAGGAGCCAGUUUCCAAGAUAGAUGCAUUUUAGGAUGGCGGAAACUUAAACAUCUUUAAAUUCAACUUACUUCAUGUUUUAGAAACUUAUCAUUUCUACACCUUCGCUUUGAUUAUUAUUUGGGUUGUGUAAUGAGUACUGUUUAAAUUUGUUUUAGGCAAUUGUCCUUUGCUUUCGGUUGCACUUCACAAAAGACAAUAUCACAAAUAAUACUGCGGCAGCCACAGUACGGCAAGUAGUUACUGUUGUUUUCGAAAGAGUCGUUGCUGAGGAUGAACACUAUAAAGGUGGGUAUGUGUUUGUAUCGCAAUUAAAAUAUUACAUAACAUUUGGUACUUAUAGCAAAAGUCUGUUUGCUAUAAGUAGGUGGAGCCCAAUAUAGCAGUACCCUGAUUCUAAAAGGAAAUAGAUUAGUGUAUAGCACGUCAUCCACUGGUGGAGGAAGAGGAAUGCAGGGGAAGCGCACUGCCCCUGGCAGUGCGAUCCCAGUGGGGUGCCAUCAUGGCUGCCCUCCCGCCCGCGCUGGGCACCACGCCCCCAGGAUGUGCCCCAGCCCUGCCCCCACCUGCUCUCCCCCCCCCCCCCCAGUGCCGGAGCAUGAAGCUCCGCCACUGGCUUCAUCUGAGGAAUUGGGAGGGCCAGGUCAAAUAUUAUCCCAUUUUAUCGUCACAGCAAUCCUGCAUAGGGUAUGCUGAGAUGAGUGGGGAUUUCAGCCCAGGCCUACCCAGUCCAGGUCAAAAUUCAGCAUUCUAUUAACUUGGAAAGUGUAAUCGAUAAAGGAAAGGUGGCUUUUGAAGCAUGGAUACCAAUUUGUUCAAGUGUUGCAUCGUGUGUGUUUUUUAAUGAAGCUGUCUGAUGUAGGCUUUGAAUUGGCAGGUUGUUCAGUAACUGCAAGUCAUGCUUUUUACCUUGUGUUUAGUUGGAGAAAUGUGCUUCUUGAUUGCCAGUUCUCUACUACAUGCCUUCUGAAUGUUACUUGUCACAUCUCUGAAACUGGAAAAGUAACUAAAUGCAACUCUGUUCUACCCGGCAGUAGCAAGAGGGAAGAGAGAGAGAGCAACUUUGGGGGGGAAUGUUGGUGUCGACCACAAGCACCUGCUAAAACCCCCAAGUUGCUGCAUCAGCCUUAGUUAAUAUAUAUAUAUAUAAUUGAACAGCCAUGCAUUCUUUCUUAACAUUGUGUUUCUGAACUGGAUCUGUGUUUUGUACAGAUAUUAUAGAGCAACCAAUAGGAAUUCAAGGAAACAGUAACAGAAGAUCUGUCAGCACCUUGAAACCAUGUGCUAAAGAUGCAUAUAUGCUUUUUCAGGUAUUGGAACUUACUUGAAUUCUUGUCGUUCUUUUUAUUAUAUACAGUCUAAUUUAUGUACAAAGUUAAGCUUCUGAGAUCAGUCAAUAGUCAUUUGUUACUUUUGGUUUGAGAGAUAAUAUGAUGCAAGCAUUUUGAAGAGAGAGAAAAGGUUAACGUACACAGAGCAUUCUUAAUAUUAUGGAGGAAAAGCAUAGCAUGCUGGGCAUAAUUCUUCUGCUCAUCUCUAAAAGCUAUACAGCUCAAUAUACGGAGGAGCUACAGAGAUGGUAAAAGGGAGCAAUUUGAGAAGCUAAAGGUUUGGAUGUGUUUAGCAUAGAUGAAAGUCAGGAUAGUCUCAAUGUUUUCAGCAACUUAAAAAGAAACAGUACUAUCUAACUGGUGGAUUUAAAUUGCUGGACAGAAUAAUGAAAUUAAAUAAAGGCAAAUGCAAUUUCUUAACAAUGGACUGAUUCAGAUAUAAUGCUGGUUCUAAUGCAAUGCAAAAUCAUGGACUGGCAAAACACGGGCCUGCAUUCAGCCCUGAUUUAAGGCAAACUACAGUUCAUCAUAAGGGACUGGGUGGCGCUGUGGGUUAAACCACAGAGCCUAGGACUUGCCGAUCAGAAGGUCGGCGGUUCGAAUCCCCACAAUGGGGUGAGCUCCCGUUGCUCAGUCCUGCUCCUGCCAACCUAGCAGUUCGAAAGCAAAUCAAAAUGCAAGUAGAUAAAUAGGUACCGCUCUGGCGGGAAGGUAAACGGCGUUUCCGUGUGCUGCUCUGGUUCGCCAAAAGUGUCUUUGUCAUGCUGGCCACAUGACCCAGAAGCUGUCUGCGGACAAACGCCGGCUCCCUCGGCCAAUAAAGCGAGAUGAGUGCCGCAACCCCAGAGUCGGCCACGACUGGACCUAACGGUCAGGGGUCCCUUUACCUUUACAGUUCAUCAUCAUCUGAACUAUGAUUUGCCCUUCUCUGAAAAACAGGAUAAAAAUGAAGAACAGAUCCCAUUUCUAGACUCAAUUUGCAAGGCAAUCACAAAGUAUAGUAGGCUUCUUUAGGCAAAUAGUAGCUUCCUCAAACCAGGAAAGGAUAUAGAGGAUUGUGUAUGUGAACGAGGAAGGAGUGACUGAAACUCAGACGUGUUAAUACCAGAGUAUGGUUUGAUGGUAUGUCUAAAAAUUCCAUAUGGUGAAUUACAUGGCAAAGUAAAGACUGGGUGAAAAUUGGGGGGGGGGGGGGGGAAGGUUUCCAGGCUGAUUCCUGAGAAUAAAAGUACAAGAGUGUUGUUGGUUUUUUUUAGGAUCUUUGUCAGCUGGUUAAUGCUGAUGCACCUUACUGGCUUGUAGGCAUGACAGAAAUGACCCGGACAUUUGGUCUGGAACUGCUUGAGUCAGUCCUCAAUGAUUUCCCGCAAGUAUUUUUACAAGUGAGUGCUUUUGUUUUUAGAAAGGGGAGGGGAAUUUCAGCUACAAAGACUUUAGAAACUAUAUAUAUUGUGGUUGGGGGUCCUAACUAGACAUCUGUGAAGGGAAGGGCUCCUUUUCACAGAUGGGACCAAUAUCUGCGUGUGGGAUCCACUCCUGGAAAGUAAGGGAAGAGGCCAUUUUUGCUGAUUUCCCCCCAUCCUCCUGCGCUGCUUCUUACGCUGUUCCAUAGCUCUUCCAACCUUCCAGAGUUGAUUUUUUUGGAAGCACGAGAGACUAUUGGAGGGAGGGGGAAUUAGUGAAAGUUGCCCUACUGCAGGCAUAGGCAAACUCGGCCCUCCAGAUGUUUUGGGACUACAACUCCCAUGAUCCCUAGCUAACAGGACCAGUGGUCAGGUGAUGGGAAUUGAAGUCCGAAAACAUCUGGAGGGCCGAGUUUGCCUAUGCCUGCCCUACUGCUUCUUUCACUGACAGGAGCUUCAUGUGAGCAAAGCUCAGCUUGGGAUGCUCCUGCCAGCAGAAGCUCAGUUAAGAUCCAGGCCUUUGUUUCUGAAAUAGGAAAGACUCGGCCAUUUUUGUUAACAUCUGUAUCUUUGGCAUCUGUAUGAUUGGUGCCUCUUAACCUAAUACUUAGAUUGUGUUUUGGUUAACUUUAGAGCAACAGAAUGAGCAGUACUACCCAUGGGGGGAUUAUCUAAAGGGCAAGGGGGCAAUGGGCAGUGCUGGAGUGUGAAUGACCAUCAGACUUUAAAAGUUCAUCAAUGGAUUUAAAAGUCCAUCAAUUUUGCUUCCCCAUCUUUGGUAUCAAAGGGGUUACUGUGGAAGGUUGGUGAGGUCCCUAGUAUAAGCCUUUGUUCCUAAACUUUAAUGAUUUGAGAUAGAUAGAUGAUAGAUAGAUAGAUAGAUAGAUAGAUAGAUAGAUAGAUAGAUAUAAAAUUAGUUAGCCUUCUAACAGUGUCCUUUUAUUUUCCAGCAUCAAGAAUUCAGCUUCCUCCUUAAAGAAAGGGUCUGUCCACUAGUGAUAAAGCUCUUCUCACCAAAUAUAAAAUUUAGACAAGGUUCCAGUACUUCAUCUUCACCAGCACCAGUGGAAAAACCAUAUUUCCCGAUCUGCAUGCGCCUUUUGAGAGUAGUUUCCGUUUUGAUCAAACAGUUUUAUAGUUUACUGGUAAGAGGACGGUUUUAAUAUCACUAUUAUGCACAGGAUAAGUCUUAAAUACCAUGCAAAAUGUGGUUUUCCCCCCUGAAUUUUAAGGGAGCUCAAUGUAGAACAGGCUUCUUCACAAUCUUUUCUCUUAGCUGUCAGCAUACAAAUAAUCCCUGGUUAUGCUAGGAAAUAGUCACACCAAUAGUCCUCUGUUUGACUUGAGGGAGGUGAAACUGCAGACACAUAUGCCUAAAGAGGACCGUGGCAAUACUGUAACGCCUUGAUAACAGAAUAACCUAAGGAUAAUGCUUCCCCUCAAUCUUUAGUUGUUCAGAAAUUGUUAGGCUAUAGAAAAUUAUUUAUUCCACCUCUUCUUUCCUUCAUAUACUGUCUCAAAGCUCAGCUUGUCCCUUUGCCACCACCCUCUUGUUCCCACUGAGCCUGUAGCUAAGCCUAAGAAUGUGUAACUGGAACAGCAAACUAUUCCUUUCCAGUUUAUCCCAUCCUCCCCUUUCUCUAGCCCCACAAGUGCUAUUAGCUUCCUUGCUAUGGGACUGUGCCAAAUAGCCCUUCUCCCCAAAUUGCAAGUGCAAACAUUUGCAGGGAGGGGCCCUGCCUUAGUAGCAGAAAUUCCGUGUUAAGGGAAAGGAUGCCUAGUUCAGAAUUUUCUUUUAAUUAAUGAAAGUAUUUUUGUUUAGGUAACUGAAUGUGAGAUCUUUCUAUCGUUGCUUGUGAAGUUUCUGGAUGCAGACAAACCUCAGUGGCUAAGAGCUGUUGCCGUAGAAUCGAUACACAGACUUUGUGUGCAACCUCAGUUAUUAAGGUAGUGGAAGUAUAUUAGUUGAUAUACCAUAUACCAAUUGAAGUAAUGCUUUCGAUAAAAUAUUUGGAUAAAUGAAAUAACAGUGUACAGGUAUUGUGUUAGGUGUGCAUGUAUACAAAUAAUGGGUCACUGAUUUUAAUAUCCUUAAAUUUGUUUUAAAUUCUAGCAUUUAAACGUUGUCCUGUAGAACAUGAAGCAUUUCUGUGUCUACCACAUACUCUUUCCAAUCAGUAUAAGAAAGAGUGUUUUAUAAUGUAGAGUCACUGAUGAAGUCACAAAAGCAUUUUCUAAAUAACUGCAUUUUUACUCUGUCCGAAUUGUGUAACAGGUCCUUCUGUCAGUCUUACGAUAUGAAGCAGCAUUCAACUAAGGUAUUCCGUGACAUCGUGAAUGCUCUGGGAUCAUUUAUUCAGUCACUGUUUCUCGUACCAAAUACAGGGAAUGCAUCAGCUGCAACAAACCAAACAGGUAAACUAGCCCCUAGGACUAUUUUGAGCCAUUUAUCAGUCAUUCCCUCUUAGGAGUACUGGUUUCAAUAAACAUUUUAUUUAUUUAGCUCAAUUAGUACUAUGAGUUGUAUUCAUGAGAAUGAUAACUUGAUCAUUCUUGCAAACGGUAAAAUAAAGCCUUUUAGAAGAACUUGCAUAGAGCCAUACUCUGUAACUCUGAAUGGAAGGCAUGAAGCCUAUCAUAUCAAACAGUUAAAGCUGUCAUAUUUUUUAAACCACCAUACCAGCACCCAGGGCCAGGACACCCAUGCAGCAGGUUCCUCAGCAGGUGAAGGUGGCGGAGGUGUGGAGGCAGCAUUUCCCAUUUUCCCUCUAGUGGCAAAAUGCCCUGGGCUAACCCUGCCAGCGCCUGUUUCAGCAAAUACCUCAAAAUCUUAAUGCAUAUGCUGCAUCUCAUAACUUUUGAAUGGUUUAAUUUGCUAAUAUUUUAAAUUUCUGAGCUCUGAGUGACUUUAGCUUUUCAGUGUAUCUCCACUGGUGUCGGUAAGACAUCUUUAAUGAAAUGCAAGAUGCACUGGAAAAGAUUGGCCAGGAGGGGGCAUUCAAAACAGAUGGAUAAAACAUUGUUUGAAUAACCUUUGCUUAUAGGAAUGUUGUCUUAAUGAUAUUAAGAAAAAGGGUUCCCAUAUAUACUCGAGUAUAAGCCAAAUUUUUCAGCACAUUUUUUAUGCUGAAAAAGCCCCCCUCGGCUUAUACUCGAGUGAGGGUCCUUUUGGGCUGCUCUUUCCUCCUCCGCCGCCUUUGGCGGCAGCGGCGGAGGAACGAGCAGCCCGAAAGCAGCCCUUUUGGGCUGCUUGUUCUUCCUCCACCGCUGCCACCACCACCAGGUUUGUGAACCAGCUUAUACUCGAGUCAAUAAGUUUUCCCAGUUUUUUGUGGUAAAAUGAGGUGCCUCGGCUUGUAUUCGGGUUGCCUUAUACUUGAGUAUAUACGGUAUGUUGCGUUUGACUAAUUAAAUUAAUAUUGAAGUGCAGUUAAUUCCCCCACUUGAUUCACUGUAUAGGAGGAAGCGUGCCUGGUGGUACAGCCUCAGCACAGACCAAUCCCGGAAUGUUAGGGAUGGGUGGAAGUGUGACAGUCUUGCCUGCUUUUGAAUACAGAGGAACCUGGAUACCCAUCCUCAGCGUGUCAACACAGGGCAGUGCUAAAGCGACCUAGUAAGUAAAGUAUUGAUUUUUAAAACCAUGAAUUUGCCACAUCCUAAGUAGUUGUAACUAAGCAGGAAUAUGGAGAAGAUCUGUUCUGGAAACAGCCCUGGGUAGCAUCAGGCAAGUGCUACCCUGGUGGGCACUUGGAGUCGUUCUGAUCGUGUCUGUGUAUUGGUUUCUUUCUCGAUUGUGCCUCAGAUCUGUUUCUUCUCCAGAUGGAUUAGAAAUUGCUUUUCUGUGGUGCCCUAACCUCCUUUCAGUACAUACUUCCUCUGGAUUCUUAUUAGGCUCUGUUUAUUUGGGUUGCUGUUCAAGUCUUGGGAUGGUUUAUAAUUAUAGUGUGUUUCUUUAGUUAUGACAUCAGAAGACAAACAUAACUGUUAAAAAGUACCUCCGGUGACCCUAAGGAAUUACCAGCACAGAUAUAUGUUGUAGUGUUGAAUAAUUUAUAUUUGUAAGGUAGAUUUUUUUUUAAUCUGUAUAAAUAAAUUGAAUGCCUGCAUUUCUGUAGGCUUUCAGAUGAUUGAAAUGCUUACUAACACACUAAGAAACAAGCCUCAUUGGACACAAUUGGCUCAUGCACAUGCAAUGGUAAACAAUGCUUUAGCACUAUGUGGACAAAGCACAAUGAUUCCAAGUGCGUGGGGGGCGGAGGAAGACUUCAAACCACAAAACUGGCUUGUUUAGCAGCUUAUCAUUGCUUAAUUUAAACCAGGAUUCUUGGUUUACAUAUAAUGCUAAGCCAAUCAUCUUUAAAAUAGAAAGGAAUCUUGGCUUCCCAACUGUGCGGGUGGAGGAGGAGGAUGUUUGAGAGCCUGUUCCAUUUUCAGUAAAGCUUUUUUACAUAGUGCUAAAACAUGGUUUAGUAUUAUGUGCAAACCAGCCCUCUGGCAGUAACUUCCAAGUAAACAUACAUAGGAUUGCAAUGUAAGUGAAUACAUCUGGGAAAUAUUUGAAAGGUUUAGGGAGCUAGCUCUCCUUUGAGCAUUGAUGUUUGGAGCAAUUAACUAUGAUUGCACAUAGUAUACUAGUAUCAGUGUAAGAAACCUCAGUUUUACAGCAAUAUUUCAGUUCUAAUGUUAAUCUGAUAUUUGGUUUGCUUUGCAAAUUGUGAUAUUUGCAACAGAGUAUUUUGUUAGCUAAGCGAUGGGUACCAAGGGCAUAUUAUUCCUUUUGCUUACAUUUAUUUGUUUAAUCCCCGCCCCAAACUUAGCCUGGAGAUGUUGGACAAAGUUGAGCCACCCACAAUUCCUGAAGGCUAUGCCAUGUCAGUAGCGUUCCAUUCUUUACUGGAUCUUGUCCGUGGCAUCACUAACAUGAUUGAGGAAGAAUUGGGACAGGUUGAAAUGGAGAGUCAAGUAACAACAGCCGAUACACAGUCUUCACCGACACAGUCCUCAGACCUGCAAGAUUUUAAUUCAGCAUCCGACCAAACUGACAAAGAAACAGGUAUGUGAUAGUGAUUGGUAUUGGUUAAGGUUAAUAAAAGGAAAGUAAUAUAAAGCUGCUUACAGAUGUAUAGGACCUGUUGUAGGUAUUUCUGUGUGUAGGUGAGCUCUACUUCCUCCUCACCUUCACUUUUUAACUGAAUGUAAAUUACUUCUUUCUUUUUAUUGCCCCUCUUCCUAGUUUUUCAAAAGGAAUGCUUGUUUUGGUUCCUACUCAUCCCCAUUUUUGUAGCUGCCUUGCAUUAUUAUAAGUUCUAAGAACAUGUAUAUAUGUCUGCUUUUUCAAAAAAACCCCACUGAACUAAGGUGCCUAAAAUAGUUUUUUUGGAUCUUGGAUUUUCUCUUGAAAACUUGCCCUGACAGACAAAGCUAUGGUCCUCAUUAGAUAAUUUGUCACACCUCCCAGCCAGGCUGUUGCUGUUAUUCAUGGCAGCCAUAUUUGACUCUGAAACUGUAGAGUGGAAAGGUAGUCCAAGUGAACCCAGUCUGCCUUAUAGCCUGUCUUGUACCAACUUACUGGGAAUGUCUAGUAGACUGGAAAUGGGAUAUAUAUAUAUAUACUAAAAGAAAAAUGCAUCAGCAAGUGAGUCUGCUAUACUGUAUUCAUGUUACUAAAUGUUGUUUUAAAAUUACUCUCAUCCUCCUCUCCCAAGUCAGCAGAGCAGUUUGGGAAGAAAUGGUGAACGCAUGCUGGUGUGGUCUACUUGCUGCACUGUCUUUACUUCUGGAUGCAAGGUAUUCAGUCAGUUUACAAUUAUGCUUCAUUCUUCAGAGCUUUCUGUUCUUACCUUGGGUUUGAAACAAGUUUGAAACCUAGAACCUCAACUGCAUUGAGUACCGAGGUAGCAGAGUUCCCAAAUACUAAAGAAGACAUAAUUAUACGUUGAGGGGAGAAAGUAUAAAAGAAUGGAUGUGACUCAGUAAUAGAUUUAUUGGAUGUUAAGAAUAUUAUAUGGGCCUUUUUUUCUCUCUGCAGUAAUAUUUUAUUAUUUACUUAGCUUUACAGUGCUUCAGUUAUAAGCAUGCAUGGCACAGCUGUGUGGAAAUGAUUUGUUUACUCUUAAAAGACAGCUUUAUUUAUUUAUUCUUCACAUUUUUACAACAAACAGUUUGCCAAUCAGUCAAACUGACUAACAACGGGGAUUUAAAAUACAGAUAAAUAGCAAAUGAAUCAGUUAAAAAUAUUGUUAUACAUUAAAAGUGUUAAUCCCCAGUCCAUUUACAAAUCAAUAUGGUUUAGAAAAAAAUCCUUUUUUUCUGCAUCUCUGAAAUGUGUAGAUUUUAAGAAUACGGUAUUAUAAAACUGGUGUUAUACGGUAUUAUAAAACUGGUGUUAUUUAAAAAACUUGAUCAGUUAAAUGUCUCCUGUAUCUUUAUAGUAAUUUUUUUGUCAGCGUUUUGUGACAUUUUGGUUAGUCCUAGUAACCUGCUAUGAAUUUUUGAUUCUACCCACACACCCCCAAGGGCCAACAUGGCUGCUGAUCCUUUUUGAAUAUUUCCAUAGAAUUUUUUCCUCAUAGUAAAUGCGUAAGCAUGAGUGUUCCCUUUUCGGCUUCUUCUUAUAUGUAUGAAUCAUGCCUUUUACUUAUUUGUACUAUUUCAGCACUGAUGAAGCUGCCACAGAAAAUAUUUUAAAAGCAGAAUUGACUAUGGCUGCACUGUGUGGAAAACUUGGUCUCGUAACAUCAAGAGAUGCCUUCAUUACUGCCAUUUGCAAAGGUUCCCUGCCUCCUCAUUACGCCCUAACUGUGCUGAACACUACUACUGCUGCACUUUCUGGUAAAUGUAAGGAUAUUAUUUGGUCUUACUUUUCUUCUUGUAAACAAGAGCAUACACAAUUAUAAGCAAACAGCAAUAACGUGGUUGAAAUUUUUUGCUUUUCCAGACACAUAUUUGAUAAACAAAUGCUUGGCAGAAUGGUAUAUGAUGCUAUGGAAGUGUUUGAGGUGAACCAUAGUCUAAUGUGAAAUAAUCUGGUCUUCCCUAUCUACAGCCACUUGAGAUAUAGCUUGAUCCUGAAAGAGUAGUAUUUUUUUUUUCUUUCAGAGGCAGAACCACAUUAACAGCCCACAUGAGUGCUCUGUUCUUCACCCCUUUUAAAGCCUUGCAGCUUGAUUCCUGUUAUAAACUGAAAAUAAUAUUUAUAGCUUUAAAUGUAAUGGAAAUUGUAUUAAGAACUUUAGGUACAGCAUAAUCUUCAUAUCUGCCACAGACCAUAAGUGUGACUAUAACCCAGUUUUAAAAAGAAAUGGCUUUUAAAAUAGCAUUUAGAGCAACUAUAUUCCCUUAAUUUUUUUCUAAUAUAUUUUCUUGGGUUUUUUUAAUAUACAUGGGUGUCCUUUUCCUGUAUGAAAAUCAGUGAUAUGGGGUGGAAUUACUGAAAAAAAAUUUUUUUUUACUUUACCUCUUGUGAUUUUUAAAGGGAUUAACUAUUUGCCCUUUUAGAAAUAAAUAUAAUGUAUCAAAUGUUACUUCUGUUACCAUCCUAAAAAUAGUUUAGUGUUGGUAACUUAAAUAAGUAAAUUUACUUCUAUGUGUGUGUAUUUUCAAACUUCAUAUCCUUUUCAGAGGGUUAGAUGCAGGCUUUAUUCCCUCAGGCGAAGGCAACUUCUGAGGAGAGUUGCGGUCAAGGGUUGCUUCUGCUGGGGACAGGCAAUUUUUGCCAGCGUCUCCCUGAAAUUCACAGCAGCAGGCCCCACUCUCUUCCAGAGGGUUUGGGAACCUUUCUGGGUGCAGUAGUGAGAGGUGGGAAUUGCCCAAAAUUUCUGUCUUGGGAAGGUGAAGUCUGUAUCUUAUAACUAAAAUCUUAGAAUUCUUCUUUUGCUUUUUAGCAUAUUCCAUCCAGGGGCAGAACGUUCAGAUGAUUAGUCCAUCAAGUGAGUCUCACCAGCAAGUUGUAGCAGUAGGACAACCACUCGCUCUCCAACCACAGGGAACAGUAAUGGUAAAAUAUAAUUUGUAAAUAUCAUUUUCUUAUUUGAUGGUUUAAUUUUACUAGACUUUCACUUUUAUCUCAAAAGUCCAGUGACGCAUCUGCCCCAUAGUCCAGCGGAUAUAUUGGAGUAAGCAUGUAGUAAAAGAAAGUAAUGUGGAAUUGGAUUUGAGAGACUUAGCAGGAAUAUUUUAGAUUCAUGCCGCAUACCUAAUUACCUUUGUGUGUCAAUGAAAUGUCCCACUGAUUUCAGUUAACUGAAAGGGCCUCCUCUGUGUCCAGUUUUGGUCACCAAUAUUUAAGAAUGUUAGCAAUUCAGUUCAUGUUGUUUAAAAUAUUAGCAUCUAAUUUUGCAGCUUUUAGAAAAGCACCCAGAUUACAAAAAGUAUCUAGCAGAAUUCCAGUGGUUGGUAUCUUAAUUUAUGUGCAAAGAUGGAGCCACUUAACAUAUAUCAUUUAACAACAACAACAACAACAAUUUUAUUAUUUAUAGUCUGCCCAUCAGCUGGGUUUCCCCAUCCACUGUGGGCGGCUUACAGCAUAUAUAAAAACACAAUAAAACAUUGAAAAACAGACUAUCUUACAUUGUGACAGCUUUCGGAAUAAAGGUUGUCUAGCAACAAAAAGAUUAUGGACAAGAUCUGCACCAGCAGAUGCAAAGGGAUUUCCCCUUUCUCUCCCUCCCACAUGUACUCUGGCGGGUCCUCCAUUCAGAGCAGAAGUAGGGGAGCAGGGCCUGCAGGGAGAAGGACAGGAAUGGGAAGUCUCAUGUGCACAAGCAAGCUGCAUGUCAUCCUAAGCAUGCAAACCUUAAACAUACUUAUCCCAUUAAACAUUGGAUUGUACUAUUAAUCUUGUGUUGCAAGUAUGUGUACAUCAUAACGUAUGAAUGGUGGCAUAGAACGUGGUCUAAAUAUGUCAGUCGGGGAGUUGUACAUGGCAGCUUUCCAAACCAUAUGUCCAAAUAAGAAAUCUUGCACUCAGUGCUUUUCAUGCAUUUUGAAGCAGACAUUCUUUUACGAACAAAAAAGAUGUGAAUCAGCUUUUGGAAUCUUGGCUUGCUUGCCAUGGACUUACAUUCAUCCUAUUUUCAGCAAUAUAAUAAUUACACAAAGCAUUUAUAUAGGUUUGGGUGAAUACUUCAGUUAAUUUGUAUUCACAUUUCAGUUUGUAUAUAUCCCCAGAUUAGAAACUGAAACAUUCCCAGGUCCCCACCUCAGUCCCUUUCAGGGUCUUUUUAAAGUGCAUUCUCCUCCUUGAAUGUCAGCCGCUCACUUAUACGGGGACAAGUACGGGGAUGCUUGGGGAACCCAGCCUGCUCCUGUCUUCGUAGCACUGUUUUGUUGCAUGGCUAUGCUAGAAUAUGACCUAAUGUUGGAACUGGUGCUUAUAGUUAGAUUAUGGGCAUGGCUUAUGAACUUAGACAUUUCCUGUGUGUCUGUUGUCUGCUCUUCCUGUUUGUACCAUUUGUCUGUCAAGCCGCUUCAUCCAUGUUUUCCCCCUUAGUUUUCCUUUUUCACCAAUCUACUACGAGGAACAGCCACCCAGCAGAAGCAAAAUUUGCACCAGCUUCCUUCCCUUCCUCUCCCCCCUGUUUCCUGCAUGCAGAGAAGGGGGAGCCCAACUACACACCCAUCUCUUCAGGUACCCUCCCAGCAGCCAGGUGGCCAUUUUGGAUGAGACAAGCCAGAGUGCCCAGUCUUGGGACUUUCAUUGUCACUGUAGAUUAUUGUUCUGGGCCCUUCCUGCCUGUUCUUCCAUCAGACAUCUACUUCUAUGAAACCAGUGCUAGGUUAGGAGCCUUGGUUUCCUUUCUAAGCUGACUGGAUAGAAUACGUUCCCGCCUCUUUUACAGUAUACAAUUUCUGCUUCUCUCUAUUAGUCCUUUUAAGAGUUUCCCGAGGUAAGUAACUUGCCUCUUGUUGCUUUCUCUUGCCUUGCUUACCGGUAUUUUGGUAGCAAAAUAAUUUGUCCUAACUUGAAGAAUACCCAUUCAUUAUGGCUGGAUUGCUGUUCCUGUGCUCCCUUACUUUAGAAUCCAUCCUGCUGCUUUGGAUCUUAACCUUCCCUUUUCUAUUAUAGUGCUGGUGAAGUGGGUGGUCAUUCUAUAUUGCUAUAAUGUUCACUGAUUCUUUCGUGGAUGAGUCUUGCCUCUUUCAUGUUUUGUUUUGUGUCCCCUCUUGCUAUCAUUCCAUAUACCUCCAUUUGUUACUGUGAAUUCUGUGGUCUGAAUAUCUAACAACGGUUAAGGAGAAAAGAAACUGCAGUUCCAUACUAUCCUUAAGUUUUAGCUGUCUAACUUAGCCCUACUGCUACUCUCAAUAUGACCAAAUUGAGAAGGAGAUUGCUGUUUCAUUCCUAAAAUCUUGAAAGACCACGUUUUACUAUUAAUGGGAUAAUACAGGUAGAUAUAGUAAAACAUUCAUGAGCUUAUAGGAGAUACACAGUGAGUUUGUGGUGCUAGGUUAAGAUUGAGGUUGUUUUAAUUUACUAGUUGCAAAUAUAAACAUAAUUUCUGCGCUGGAAGGAUGUUUCAGAUUUCUAGAAAUAAUUCCUUAAAGCUGACAAUAUUUUUCUUUGAUAUCCUGUAUAUGUAGAUGAAUCUACCAGCCAGAAUAAAUGCUCUUUUCGACAAAGUUUCAAAAGACCAGCCUUGUACUAAAAUUCACAAUAUCAGUGCAACAAAUGCAAUGUACAAUUUGCAUUCUCUGUGUAGACUGAGUGGCAAAUGUUUGCUUAUAACCCGGAGUUCUGCAUCCAUUGAAGUCAAUGGGACCAUGCUGAAGAAAGGCUGUGGAAAAAAUUUUCUUCAAACAAUAGCUGUUUCUGUUUCGCAAUAUCAGUUAUCUGUCCAGUAAAUUUUAAAACUUUAAGUAAAACCUCAAAUAAAUAAAUAAAUAAAGGAUGCCAAGAAUUUCACUGAGUAUAUGCAGGUUUUACUUCAACACAUUCUUUUGUAUCCUGGACUGCAUGUUUCCAGUUGGAAAGGAGAAUCUUCUUUUUCUGCCCCAUUUUCUCUUGAAGAGUAGAAAAUAGUAGGACAAACUAGCUAUCAUAAUGAUUUGCAUGUUGAAAUAGAAGGAUUAAGAGGUUUGAAUGAAUUAAAAUGGUUAGGUUCUUCCAGUGUCAUUUAGCUGCUGUAAUUUAACUCCAGUGUAAAUUAAUCACAUACAUGUAGGUCUAGACAGAGGGGGGAAAUAAAAGAACGGAUUGCAGGGUUUCCACCAUCGUGUUUGCUAUUACCGUUUUUUCCACAAAUGCUAUUAUUUUCUCUACUUCGAAAAUUCUAACUGUUUAAAUGCUCUCCUAGCUUACUUCUAAGAAUAUACAGUGCAUGAGGACAUUACUUAGCUUGGCUCAUUGUCAUGGAGCUGUCCUUGGUACAUCCUGGCAACUUGUGUUAGCUACUCUCCAGGUGAGUAAUGGUUAAUGCUUGAUUUACCUUUCUGGACUUGCAUUUUGUUUUAACUUCUUGGGUGGAUAUUCUCUUUGAGUGAAAUUCCUUCCAUGAUGCAAGUCAGCCCCACACAACUGUGCUUUUCAAACUUUUUGUAAUUAAAGCAUGGCGAUUUUUGUAGCUUUCGAUGAACAUGGUCAGCACUUCAGCAAAUGAGCUUUUUGCUUCCCUUAUCUUUCUGUGACUAAAUGAAAUGUACCCACAACUGUAAUGAAGGUAGCCAAGUACCAUAUUCGAGCUGGGGAAAAACCAUACACAAUACAGCUGGAGGAUUCAAGUAGAAUUUUUAAAGUUGUAAUAUUAGCAUGUAAUACACUUUGGGCAGAUCCACACCAUACAUUUAAAGCACACCCCACACACAUUUAAAGCACAUGACUUCCUCCAAAGAAUCCUAAGAACUGUACUCUCAUCCUCAUAGAGCUACAAUUUCCAGCACCCUUAACAAACUUCAUCCCCCAAGAUUCCUUGGGGGAAGUAAUGUGCUUUAAAUGUGUAUAGGAUAUGCUUUAAAUGUAUGAUGUGGAUCUGUCCUUUGUCACAGAAGUGCAAACUUUGAAAAGUAUUUUUUAUGGCCUAGUUUGAAUGUCACACAAACCCAUAGUUUAAAACAAAAAAACCUGUUUAAUGUAAAUGAGAUGUGUGUUGGUGCACGCUGCUCUUACGUGCCCAGAGCUAGAAUUGUGGUUUGUUUCUUUUCAAACAAAGCACAAGCCUGAGUUUGGACAAUACAACAAGUCAAACUUUGGCUUGUUUCAUGUGCAGCACAGCAAAAUGCAAAAGAGAAGCACUGCAGAAAUGUAGUGAAGUGUGCGGCACAUUCUGCUCAUUCACAUAAAACCAUAGAUUGUUUUAAACUCUUGUUUAAUGUUUAACGUGGACCUUUAUGCAAGCACUUAAGUUUAAAAAUGUGUUUUUCAUUUCAGCAUCUUGUAUGGAUUCUUGGUUUAAAGCCUGGAGUUGGAGGUGCUUUGAAGCCUGGAAGAGCUGUGGAAGGACCUAGCACCGUAAGAAUUUGUUUACUGUGUAGCAGAAUAAAUCACAUUGUAUUCUUAUGUUACGCAUUUGCUUACAUAAUUUAAUUGUAUCCUUUCAGGUUCUAACUACAGCUGUUAUGACUGACUUACCAGUUAUCUCCAACAUACUUUCCAGGCUAUUUGAAAGCUCACAGUAAGAGAACUGACUUUUAGAUCACAAUGUUUGUUUCUAAUCCCUUUUGGCAAUCGUUCUAAUAAUUGAUCCUUUCCACAGGUACCUAGAUGAUGUUUCAUUACAUCAUUUAAUAAAUGCACUUUGCUCCUUGUCGCUGGAAGCGAUGGACAUGGCUUAUGGUAAUAAUAAGGUAUGGUAUAUUUUAUUCUGGUUUUCAGACAUGCUUUAUAAAUUAACUAACUCCUAGCUUUGGUUUUUAAAUUUCUUGCAGUGCAAUAUAUUAUCUGUUAAGUCAGCAUCAUAUAGAAUGAAUUGUGCUAAUGAUUCUACUACUGAAUUUAGGGCAUUAUAACAACAUGAUAUGUGAGCUUCACAGGAAGGUACACUAAUGCAAUUGUUUUUUUAAGUUUAAAUGUACCAUAUUAAAAUGUGGCGAAACAGCAAAUAGAAAGAUUAGCAUUAGGAACUAACUCAGAAAAUGAGCUGUUUUAAGGAAGUAGAAAUGCAGAGUAUAAAUACUUUAAAUGGAAAAAUAUAAUGCAAUAGGUUGUUAAGUCAAGUGACUGUUUUGAAUUCUGUUUAUGCUUAGGAGCCAUCACUGUUUGCUGUUGCUAAGUUGCUCGAAACAGGACUAGUUAACAUGCAUAGGAUUGAAAUUUUAUGGAGACCACUGACUGGCCAUCUCCUAGAGGUAAACAAUAUUUUUAUAACCAUUAGGUGAACCUUUGUAUUUUUCCUCUGUGGUAUUAAAACUUAAAAACAUAAGGGUUUGUUGUUGUUGUUUUUUUGAAAGCCAAUUAUGCUACAUUGGUUUUUAAUUUCAUCUUAUUUUCUAUUCUGUUUCUACAUUAUUUUUUGUUUCUUAUAGAAUUUGCAUUGUUUUCCCCUCAAUGCUAUUUAAGUGUGGGUUCUAUAGCUUCAUAUUAAAUCAAGCUGUUUUGAUGAUGUUGAAAAGCAGAGCCAAGGCAAGUUGACAUAUCAUACUUAAAGGCGUACAUCUGCAAAGGCAGAAAUAAAGGUGUAGUAUCUUAGAAAAGAUUACAAAAUGUAGACGGAGGAACAUAAUACUUACAGUGCAAUCCUGUGUAUGUUUACUCAGAUGUAGUACCAGUGUGUUCAGUUGGACUUAAUUCUAGGUAAGUGAGAUGGUGCUGUCAAACUGAUUUUAAUCAUCUCAAAUGAAAAGACACCUCUUAUUGUAUCCUUGACAUCUAUGGAGACUGGAGCUACUCUUCCUGGUAACCAGUUAUGUUCCAUUGUAGUUCCAGGCUUAGGAGUUUCCCAUGAUAUCAUUUACUGUAAAAAGAAUGUGCAUGCAAAGAAUGCUGGAAGCUUGGAAGCAGGAGGGCGGAAUUCAUUUACCUCUAUUAAAGAGGACUCUCUGUUGUUCACUUCCUCAGAUAUAUCUAAUAUUGAGCUGUCUAAGGACUUUUGGUACAAGGCUGUGUGUGCCUGAGUACUUUUCCUCCUGGUAGGAUGAUGAUUAGUUUGGAAAGGAUCCACAUGAUAAACUCCAUUACAUAGUUGCAAUGUUCUCGUGCAUACCAUAGUUAUUUCAAAUAAGUCCCUUGUGCUAGUAUAGUCAUCACCUGGGAAGAAAUUAUGCACAUGUCUGUUCAUAAGUCAAAUAUUAGUCUUAUUUAACUGCUUAUGAAUGGUUUGUCAUAUAUGGAUUUAAGUGCACAUAUGUGUAAUCCCAUCCUAUAGAAACACUUAUGGGAAUCACUUGUCAGAAGCUGUUUCAUAAUUGCAAAUUAGUGAAGGACGCAUCCUGAUGAUACAUAGGAAUAUUGCUCUUUAUAUGAUUAGGAUAAAGUAGUUGUCUGUUCUAGUUAUUACAUGGCUGGCUAAAAUGCCAGGAUUACCUUAACAGAAAAAUGCAUAGACAUUUGCAGUCUGUGUAAAAUGUAAUCUUUUUAAGUUGUCAAUAAAAGUUUAGUUGUAGAUAACAAAUGUAUAUAUAAAAUAGAAACACAAUGAGUUUCACUGGCUAAAAUGGAAGGACUUGUACUACCAUUUAUACUGAAUUGAACGAAAAAACUCACAAAAUUCUCAUAUCUUAAUUUCAAACUGGAUGCUACUGGAAAAUGCAGUUUUGGAUUUAAAUUCCAUAGCAGGUUUAGCCAGCUCUCAAGAGACUGCGAUCUACUUUCAGAAUUAAAAACUGGCAGUGCUCUACCCCCAUUUUUUGAGAGUUCAGCUUGUUGAGCUUUUUUUAGGGAGGGGAAAAACCAGUUUUGAGGAGGUUAAAAAACCUUUAACCCCCCCCCCCCAAAGAAGUCCCCCCAAAAAAGGCAAGGGACAAAUGGGUCAAGUCACUCAUAAAAAGAUCGCUAUGGAUUAAUAAAGCUCCGUCUUCCCUUCCAGAGAUCAAACAACAUUGGAGGGCGGGGCGGGGCAGGAGUCAGUUUAAGCGAUGCUAAGGAAAGGGAGCUAGAGAACAACCACGAUCUACCAAAACCUUGCAGGGAUCUACCAGUAGAUCGCAAUCGACCUGUUGGACAUUCCUGUUCUAUAGGACUGACCAACACCCUUUCUUUUAAGUUUAUUUGUGGAGCUUUCUUUUUUUUUUAUUACAGAUAUCUCUGUAACUUGAUAAGUAAUAAGGGUGUUUUAUAGAAUGUUAGGUUUUAUAUUCUAAUGGUUGAAAAAAAUAUAAAUCCAAGAUUAUCUGACAGGUGGUGAUUCUCCACAAUGGGGUUUUUCAGCCCAAGGACUGCAUUCUCAUGUGGGGGUUGUUCUGGAGAGCCACAUACAGUCAAACCGUGGUUCCCGAACGGCUCCGUUUUUGAAUGUUUCGGCUCCUGAACGCCAAAAACCCGGAAGUAAAUGCUCUUGUUUUUGAAUGUUUUUCGGAAGCCGAACAGCUUAUAGGCCCCCUUCCCUUUUUUUCUCCACUGACUUUGCCAACCACCCUUUGAAUCCUCAGUUGUCCGACAUUUCGAAUGUCGAACAGUCUUCCAGAAUGGAUUACAUUCGACAACCGAGGUUUAACUCUAUGAAUGGAGGGCGGGGCAAGAGGCAAAAGUGGGUGGAGCACAGGAUGUGACUCUUACCUUUAUACACUAGACUACAUUCCAGUCCCACGAAAGUCAGAUGUAGAGUGUGUGCGUACACCCACAUACACCUACACUCCUGCUGCUAUCCAGGCAAGCAAGAUUUAUUUUCAUAGCAAUCAGUCAAGCAGAAGGAGGGCAUGGAAAUAGAACCAGGGAGAAUGCAUGGCCUAGGGGGGAGCCCAGGUGACCAGAUAAAGAGACAUGGAGUCCCACAUUCCUGGGACACCCCCCCCCCUCCAGUCGUGGCUCUGUAGCAAGGAGGGAAAUGUAUGUAUGGAUUUGGGGAAAUUUCUGCAGUAUCUCUUUUUAACAUGCAGUGUAUAUCUCUUUUUCACACAGGAUUAGCAAAUGAACUUUUCCACAUUUUUAGGAUUGAUAGGCAUCGUAAAAGUGGUUUUGUUUGAGAGGCUUGACAAACAAUAAGGCUUUUUCCCCUUGGAGAAAUAGAUCAGUUCUCAACAUCUAUUUUACAAUAUUACAGAACCAUUCUAAUCACACAGGACCCACUUUGGAAACACUGUAUCUCUGUAUUAAAACUGUUUAUGGUGUAAAGCUCAGUGAUGAUAUAUUAAAGAUUAUUGCUCGCUGUCUUGGUUUCAUAUUUUUUUACUUCUUCCCUACUGCUUCCUCUCUCUUUUUAUGCAGAAGGUAAGUUUUUCUUGCAAGUUUGUCUUCCUUAUUUACUGUUUGACUUUGUGCUAAUGAGUGAAUCUUUUCAUUUUGCUGUUUGAUGGCAAUAGAUCAUAUUGUAAAACCUCAUAAGGAAAAAGAUUGAGCUGCAAGGAGAGAUUUUGAUAUACAUAGAAUGACUCAUUUGUAGCUUAGGGCCAGCUUGCACAGUUGGUAAAUCUGCAAUCACAUAUAUCAUUAGAAUUGGAUAGAGAAUUUAUUAAGAUACAAAACAUCUAAACCUAGAAUUAAUUAUUAGUCAAAUAAGAAAUAUGUAUCUUGUAUUUCCUAUUUUCAGAAGCCACAUGAGAUAAGAAUGACAAAGCACCAUGCAUGCUGAAAGGGCCGCAGAAAUUACUAUUAAUAUAAUAACACAGCAAUUGUUGUAUAUAUGUACCAGAUCAGCUUAUGGUUAUCAGUAUUUCAAAAGAAUUCAUAGAUUGAAAACCUAUUAUUAAUGUUGAAUGUUUAUUAAUGUGCAUUCCGGCUUGAAUAAAGAAAGCUAUAUUGUAUAUUUAGGUUUGCCAACAUCCAAACUCACGGAUGAGGGAAUGGGGAGCAGAAGCUUUAACGUCUCUCAUCAAGGCUGGGCUGACAUUUAACCAUGAUCCUUCACUCUCUCAGAACCAGGUAAAAUAACGCUCCAGGAAAUAAAAAAAUUUCUGGAAAUUAUGCUCCAUAGCAAGCAGUCAUCGAGUAAUGUAUAUUAAUUGUCAAUAAUAAUCAGAAGUUAUUUUCCACAGUUUUGUGCAUUGUUAGCUACGUAAUGAAUAUAUAGCUGGAAUGUCUGUGCUUCUGGAAUUUCCCAUCCUACAUAGCUGACUUGUAGGAGUCAAGGCUGCUCUUCCAGCCAGUAGAAGUGGCUGCUUGUUGGGCUAAAUAGCAGUGCUGUCCUAUGUGUGCUGAUUCAGACCUAAGGGGCUUACUCCUAAGUUAGUCAGUGUAGAACUGGAACCCCAGUAUUUUGUUACAGUAGCUUCAUACCUAGCUAGGUAGACACCAGAACAGUAUGUUGGCUCCCAACCUGGAGGCUGUAGGGAUGCUUCUGUUUCUGUUUCUUUCUUCUGCUCACUAUUUUUUUACAAGAUUCAGCACUACAAUAAACAGGAGGCUUUAUUGCAGAAUGGAGGUUGUGGGGUAUUAGGGGAAUCAGGUCGAGUAACAAUGAGGCAAUAACCCAGGCAUCUUGUGUGGACUUUUCGCUGUAUAUGAGUAAGCAGCAGGAGACACAGACAGCUGGUGGCUACUAGGCACUUAGAUUUUCCCACUCUUUUCUCCUCUCUUCUAACCCUUUUAGAUCUGGCUGUAGCUACACUUCUAAUGAUGAUAUGCUAGAAAAGUAGCUGCUGGCCAGGAUCUUUUGAGUUGAGGCAGCUGGCAGUACAGUGGUAUAACAACAACAACAACAACAAUAAUAAUAAUAAUAAUAAUAAUUUAUUAUUUGUACCCUGCCCAUCUGGCUGGGUUUCCCCAGCCACUCUGGGCGGCUUCCAACAAAGAUGAAAAAUACACUAAAAUGUCACAUAUUAAAAACUUCCCUGAACAGGGCUGCCUUCAGAUGUCUUCUGAAUGUCAGGUAGUUGUUUAUCGCUUUGACAUCUGAUGGGAGGGUGUUCCACAGGGCGGGCGCCACUACCGAGAAGGCCCUCUGCCUGGUUCCCUGUAACUUGGCCUCUCGCAGUGAGGGAACCGCAAGAAGGCCCUUGGAGCUGGACCUCAGUGUCCGGGCAGAACGAUGGGGGUGGAGACGCUCCUUCAGAUAUACUGGACCAAGGCCGUUUAGGGCUUUAAAGGUCAGCACCAACACUUUGAAUUGUGCUUGGAAACGUACUGGGAGCCAAUGUAGGUCUUUCAAGACCGGUGUUAUAUGGUCUUGGCGGCCGCUCCCAGUCACCAGUCUAGCUGCCGCAUUCUGGAUGUAGUUGUAGUUUCCGGGUCACCUUCAAAGGUAGCCCCACGUAGAGCGCAUUGCAGUAGUCCAAGUGGGAGAUAACCAGAGCAUGCACCACUCUGGCGAGACAGUCUGGAGGCAGAUAGGGUCUCAGCCUACGUACCAGAUGGAGCUGGUAAACAGCUGCCCUGGAUACAGAUUUGACCUGUGCCUCCAUGGACAGCUGUGAGUCCAAAAUGACUCCCAGGCUGUGCACCUGGUCCUUCAGGGGCACAGUUACCCCAUUCAGGACCAGGGAAUCCUCCACACCUGCCCGCCUCCUGUCCCCCAUAAACAGUACUUCUGUCUUGUCAGGAUUCAACCUCAAUCUGUUAGCCGCCAUCCAUCCACCAACCGCCUCCAGACACUCACACAGGACCUUCACCGCCUUCACUGGUUCUGAUUUAAAAGAGAGGUAGAGCUGGGUAUCAUCCGCAUACUGAUGAACACCCAGCCCAAACCUCCUGAUGAUCUCUCCCAGUGGCUGCAUGUAAAUGUUGAAAAGCAUGGGGAGAGGACAGAACCCUGAGGCACCCCACAAGUGAGAGCCCAGGGGUCUGAACACUCAUCCCCCACCACCACUUUCUGAACACGGCCCAGGAGGAAGGAGCGGAACCACUGUAUGACAGUGCCCCCAGCUCCCAGCCCCUCAAGACGGUCCAGAAGGAUGUUAUGGUCGAUGGUAUCAAACGCCGCUGAGAGAUCCAGCAGAACUAGGAAACAGCUCUCACCUUUGUCCCUAGCCCGCCGGAGAUCAUCAACCAGUGCGACCAAGGCAGUUUCAGUCCCAUGAUGAGGCCUGAAUCCCAACUGGAAGGGAUCCAAAUGGUCCGCUUCUUCCAGGCAUGCCUGGAGUUGUUCAGCAACCACUCGCACAAUCACCUUGCCCAAGAAUGGAAGAUUUGAGACUGGGCGAUAAUUGGCCAUCGUGGCCACAUCUAAAGAUGGUUUUUUAAGAAGCGGUUUAAUAACCGCCUCUUUCGGCGGGUCUGGGAAGGCUCCCUCACAGAGGGAAGCAUUCACCACCCCACGAAGCCCAUCGCCCAGUCCUUCCCGGCUAGCUUUUAUAAGCCAGGAUGGGCAAGGAUCCAGGAGACAGGUGGUUGGCUUCACUCGUCCAAGCAGCCUGUCCACAUCCUUGGAGGUAACAGGUUGGAAAUGAUCCCACGCAACUUGACUAGACAGGAUUCUAGCACUCUCCCGCCCUGGCCCUGCUCCCACGGUGGAGUCUACUUCUUCCCAAAUCUGAGCGAUUUUAUCUGCAAAAAACUUUGCAAAAUCAUUGCAGGAGAUCAUGUGGCCCGUACUGGGCCCAGAUGUUGCAGGUGGUUCCGCUAAAUUGUGAACCACCUGAAAAAGAUUCCUGCUGCUGUUUUCUGCAGAUGCAAUAGAGGUGGCGAAGAAGGUCUUCUUCGCUGUUGCUAUCGCCACUUGGUAGGCUCGACGUUGAGCUCUAACCUGUGUCCGGUCAGAUUCGGAAUGAGUUAUCCGCCACCGGCGCUCUAGCCGUCUCAAUGAUUGUUUCAUUGCCCUCAGAUCCGUGGAAAACCACGGGGCUGUCCGGGCUCCAUGCAAUCGGAGAGGGCACUUUGGAGCCAAACAGUCAAUAGCCCUGGUUAACUCCACAUUCCAGCGGGCCACCAGGGAAUCGGCUGAAAGGCCAUCAACAUGGGAUAAAGCAUCCCCUACCACUCUCUGGAAACCAUUUGGAUCCAUUAAGUGGCGGGGGCGGACCAUCCGAAUUGGUCCCACCUCCCUGCAGAGGGGAUGGGUUGCAGAGAAGUCCAGUUGCACCAGGAAGUGAUCUGCACCAGGAAGUGGUACCUCAGGUUACAUAUGCUUCAGGUUACAGACUCCGCUAACCCAGAAAUAUUACCUCGGGUUAAGAACUUUGCUUCAGGAUGAGAACAGAAAUUGUGCUCCGGCGGCGUGGCGGCAGCGGAAAGCACCAUAAGCUAAAGUGGUGCUUCAGGUUAAGAACAGUUUCAGCUUAAGAAUGGACCUCCGGAACGAAUUAAGUACUUAACCUGAGGUACCACUGUACUGCCUAGACUGGAUUUAGGCUGGAGACCACCUGAUGUAGAAUUUAAGUGUUUUGCUUUCUGACCCUCCGCAGCUGCCACUGGUGUCCAAUAGGUCCCUGCCUCCCCACUGAGCUUGUCACUUCUGAGUAUGAUGCUGUUUAGCUUCAAGAUGCUUUAGUAACUAAAGUUCAGUCUCUGCUUCCCUUUUAUUUCUAGAGACUUCAGUUGCUGCUUCUAAAUCCACUGAAAGAACUGUCAAACAUCAAUCACCCUGAUAUUAGGCUCAAGCAACUAGAAUGUGUGCUACAGAUUUUGCAAAGUCAGGGUGACAGUCUAGGGCCUGGGUGGCCCUUGGUACUUGGAGUCAUGGGAGCAAUCAGAAGUGAUCAGGGGUAAGUUUCUUGAAGCCAAGAUGCAAACAUUUACUAUUGCUAAUCUUCAUUGCUGCUUCCGUUUUUUAGGUCACUUUGUGGUGCUGCUCCGUAGUUUUAUUUUUUUAUCAUUAUUGCACCAAAUUAUUGUGCAAAAUAUAGUAAUCUCAUUCCUAGGGUAACAAGUUUUUUGUGGCUCUAGCACAUAACUAAAAAAUUAAGUAUUCUGAUGUCCUCUAAAGCUUCAUCUUUUGGCACCUAGUGUUUAUAUGAAAAGAAAAGCUGCUUAUUUUUCCCCAAACUUUAUAACCUUUUAACUAAUACUCUCAAAUAUAAACCUUAAAUGUAUUUAGUGCAUUGUGGUUUGUUCUUGCUUCUGUAAAGUGAAUGACCUAUGCCACACAUACAAGACAUUGCAUGAUGGUCAUAUGAAAGUCGAAGAGAAUGGUGGUAUUUCAUGUGACAAGCCAUUAAUGUGUAGACUUGCCAGUUCCAUACAACUUGGUGGUAAAAGGUAAAGGACCCCUGGACUAUUAAGUCCAAUAAAAGACGACUAUCCAGUGCGGCGCUCAUCUUGCUUCAAGCUGAAUGAGCCUGCGUUUGUCCACGCACAGCUUUCCGGUCAUGUGGCCAGCAUGACUAAACCACUUCUGAAACAACGGAACACUGUGAUGGAAGCCAGAGCACACAGAAAUGCCGUUUACCUUCCCACCGCAGCAGUAUUUAUUUAUCUACUUGCACUGGUGUGCUUUCGAACUGCUAGGUUGGCAGAAGCUGGGACAGAGCAACGGGAGCUCACCCCGUCAUGGGGAUUCGAACUGUUGACCUUCCGAUCUGCAAACCCAAGAGGUUCAGUGAUUUAGAGCACAGCGCCACCCACGUCCCAUAAUUUGGUGGAGGGGAUUGGCUUCCUUGAGCAUGUUAAAAAUGGACAAGUCUGUAUAGUAAGCAGCUAAGCACGAAGAGUUUGACUGAUGCAGAGCUACCACGUAUCUAGUUGAAUGUAUCAAUUGGACAAUCAUCUGUUUGGUAGUAUGAGAUUUUAUGACCAUUUGAUAAACCUAGAAAUUUUUGUUUUGCUUUGUUAAUAGAGAGUCUCUAAUAAGAACUGCCUUCCAGUGCCUACAGUUGGUUGUGACUGACUUCUUGCCAACAAUGCCAUGUACUUGCCUACAGAUUGUUGUAGAUGUUGCUGGAAGCUUUGGGCUUCACAAUCAAGAACUCAACAUUAGCUUAACAUCAAUUGGUCUCUUGGUGAGUGUUUAGUUUAAUCCCUAGCUGUGAACCUUUACUUUCUAAUGUUUAGCAUUAUUUCGCCUAAUUUAACAGAGAGAUUGACUUUUAAGUAAAUGUGCAAAGGACUGCUCUGUAAGACUUGGACUGCAUACACACAAUAUACAUUUAAAGUGCAUCCCCCCCCCCAAAAAAGAAUCCUGGGAAUUGUAGUUUACCCCGUCAGAGCUACAACUCCUUAACAAACAGCAGCUCCCAGGUUUUUAUGUUUCAGAUAUUGAGAAAUGCAAUUCCUGAUUCAUUGAUACAAAAUAGAAGGAGUUGGUGUGCAAGUUCCAGAAAACAUAUUCUAUGGUGUUGAGAUUUUUUGAACUGAUUGGACACAGCUUUCAAGGGAGAGUUAAGUGUCAAGUUCCAUUGAUUUUUGAUGUAAUUUAAGCCAGUUCUGCUUUCUCUGGAUUGUGCUUAUUAGUUAGAAUCAGGCACCCGGGAGGAAAAGCUGAGUCCACUGAGAUGAAAGCUAAGUCUUUCUUUGGAAAACUAAAGUAUUUCAAGUAACAGGUUGUGUCCUGUAUAAAUUAAUAAUGAACACAGCUGUUCUAAGACCUUCUUGCCAGAAAUGAGUAAGAGUAGCAUCAGCAUGACAUACUUUCAGUAUUAUUUUGUCCCAAAUAAAAUAUGGUUUAUCGUUAAGUGUGCAGCAGGAUUGAAAUUGUAGCCUGGUCUUUUAUUUAUUGCUCAUUCAGGAUUAUAAUUCACAGGUCAACCAGAAUAUGUUCUUGGAUGUUACCCCUUGCUGCUGGAUGCAUUCAUUCAUUCAUUCAUUUACACUUGUUCCUUUAUUUUUUUAAAAUGAAACCCAAAGCAGCAUCAAAGAAUUAAGACAACCUCACUGUUUAAAGUAGUAUUUAAAACCAGCUACCAUAAAAACCCAUUUAAAAGGGAACUCAACUUAGCACUCCAGCAACACUUCUCAAAACCUUCCUGCAUAAAAAUGUGAAAACUAGCCAGCAAAACUAGUACUAGCAUGGAGCUUGGCACAAUUUUUAGUGUAAUUAGUUCAACAGGAUGGCUGCCACCCUUCUCUGUGCUCUGUAAACAUAAUAUAUGAAGAUGCAUUCUUUGUUUUUGCAGUGGAACAUUUCAGACUAUUUCUUCCAAAGAGGUGAAAUUAUUGAAAAAGAUCUGAACAAAGAGGAAGCAUUGCUACAGAAGCAAGCAGAAGAAAAAGGAAUAGCACUGAACCGUCCUUUUCACCCAGCGCCACCCUUUGACUGCCUUUGGCUAUGUCUGUAUGCCAAACUAGGGGAGCUCUGUGUAGAUCCACGGCCUGCCGUGAGAAAGAGUGCUGGGCAGACCUUAUUCUCUACAAUUGGUGCUCAUGGAACUUUACUUCAGCACUCAACGUGGCACACAGUUAUUUGGAAGGUACAGUACGAAAACCAUACAUCUUAAAACAGUAAUAUCACAACUGUGUCUUAUCCUAGUUGUAUUUACCUGUGUUUUGCCAAGUAAUUCAGUGGGCUUUAGCCUUUCCAGACCUAUAACCUACUUUAAACUGCAACAUGGGCUUCUUAAUAAUUUGCCUUAUAGAUGCACAACUUCCUUCUCAUGCAUAAUCUAUUUUUCCUUUCUGUCUCUCUUAUCUCAACAUUCAUGACAUUCUGCUUCAUGUGCAUCUUAGCUAAGAUGGAAGCUGUGCAUUUUUUGAAAGAUGUGCUUCCACAUUUUCUACAAAGUCACUGAUAUUGGAACACACCUUUAUGAACUCCCAUUGCAGUCAAUGUCAGGCAUGUUGCAGCAAAAUGCUUUUUGAGAAAACGUAGUGGAGUGCUUGUCAGCGCAGACUAUUUUAAGUGUGGUUGUGAACUUCCAGGUGAACAUGGUGUUGAAAUGUACUGAUAAUUCUGAGCAAAAUCUACAGGCUAAAAAUGUUGGUGUUGGUCGAUUUAAGUAAACUGGAAUCUUUAACAUACUUUGCCUGAGAAAGAAAAUAACUUGCCCACAUUUUUGUUUAUUAUUUUGUAAGCUUCAGUUGCAAGGCACAGCUAGACUAUUAAGUUCUGGAAUGCUUCAUUUUAUAGGUUCUGUUUCAUUUGCUGGAUCGAGUGAGGGAGUCGUCUACAACGGCUGAUAAAGAGAAGAUUGAGUCUGGUGGUGGCAAUAUCCUCAUUCACCAUUCAAGAGAUACAGCAGAGAAACAGUGGGCUGAAACAUGGGUGUUAACGUUGGCUGGAGUAGCUAGAAUAUUUAACACAAGGAGAUACCUGCUACAGUCCUUAGGUAUAAUGUCUUCUUUGCAUGUUUAUGGCCAGUGAAUAUUUUUACUUGGGCAGGGGAAGAUUCCACAGUUAUAUUAAGAUUUAUAUCCCACCAUGCAUCAUAAAAUAAUCUCAGAACAGGUCACAACACACCCUCUGCUACCUGGCCUUAUCCGGCCUCCUCUAGAGGGUGGGGUACUCUAGUCCUGACUUUUUAUAAAUACAAAUGCAUUUUUAGCUUUUACUCUGUUUUAGUUUUUUCAAAUGUGCUAUUUUUGUAAAUCACUUUGAGUUACAUUUUGUUAAAAAAAAAGAAAAGCAACUAAUAAGUGCAAAUAAUAUACUGCGUAUUCUGUAGCCACAGAUCUUUGGCAGGCUUAAAUGCUACCUUGUAACAGUGUGUUCUUGGUUAUAUAGCACACCUAUCCUCUGAUUUCUCCUGCUGAGCUUUUUUCUUACGAUGUAUCGUCAUUAUUAUGCCACUUACUAAAAGUCGCUUUUAAAAAGGAGAGGGGGGGGCAAUGAUAAUGAAAUGGACCACUUUCUGAAACUUCUUUUUCCCCAACAGGAGAUUUUUCUCAAGCUUGGGAUGUCCUCCUUGAUCACAUCCAGUCAGCUGCACUCAGCAAAAACAAUGAAGUUUCUCUGGCUGCUUUGAAAAGCUUUCAGGAAAUCUUACAAAUUGUGUCCCCUGUUAGAGAAACUGAAAAACCUGACACACCACCUGCUAUUAAUAUGCCUGUGCCUGUCCUCAUAGGAACAGUGACUGCCACUGGCCUUGGAAGAUCUUUUAUGAGAACUGAUUCUAUAGGAGAAAGGAUUGGAAGGUAUAAUGUUGCGGAACCUCCUGUAAUAACAGAUGAAAUUGAAGACUUGAAUCUUUGGUGGGCUGCCUGGAACAGCUGGUUUAGGAUUGGCUCAGAAAGCACAAAGCCUCCAGUUUCUUGCGAUAAAAUGACUUUUAUCCCCAGCCAGCCUUUUCUAACAGCUUUAAUACAGAUAUUCCCAGCCCUUUACCAGCACAUCAAAACAGGUUUCAGUAUGGACGAUCUCCAAAAAUUGGGUGUUAUUCUACAUGGUGCAGUUUCUGUUCCAAUCAGUUCAGAUGCAUCCCCUUUCAUCCUGCCAUCAUACACGGAGGCAGUUCUAACAAGUUUGCAAGAAGCGGUUCUAACAGCUUUAGAUGUCUUACAAAAGGUAAUAAUGUAGUUUUAAAAUUCUUUCUGAAAGGCAGACAUGCAACUUCAUAUUGCCAUCUAUAAUGUGAAUAGGUUAAAUAUUGGUAGAUAGAAUUGGCAACGCUAAUAGUUUUAUAAGGUACUUUUGUUCCUUGAGAGCCUCUUCCAGGCCUGUCUUUUCUGCUUGCUGCAGGUUUCUUCCUGUUCAAACGUGACUUCAGCCGAUUACAUUUGCAGUUAGGUCAUCUUCAUAAAGUUGUUGAACCAGACGUUCAUACAGAAUUGCAGUGAAUCAAGAAAAAUUUUGUAUGAUAUUGUAAAGAAAAUGCCAAAGUUGAUUAUGUGAGAGGCACAGGUGGCUUAUGGGUUAAGAAUCAGCAGCUGAUACUUUCAGCCAUAAGCUUUAAGGUUCCCUUUAUACAGAGAAUCCCUUGGAAGCCAAGACAGAGCCACCAACAGCCUUUUGAUAAAGAAUUAGCCAUACUCAUAUGAAGAAGGAAGGAGUGUCAUGCUAAACGCAGCAACCAUUCUGCAGCCUCACUGUGGUGCCACUUAUUCCACUCGAUGUGCAUAGCACACAUCGUAUUUAUAUUUGCAUUGCGGUGUGAGGGGGUUGGAAAGUUAUUUCAAGUAAUAAAUAUAGAGGACACAGAGACAAAGAAGAAUGCCUACUUAUCAGAAUAAGCUCACAGUAAUAAAUAUCAUGGGGGGACGUGGGUGGCGCUGUGGGUUAAACCACAGAGCCUAGGACUUGCUGAUCCGAAGGCCGGUGGUUCGAAUCCCCAUGAUGGGGUGAGCUCCUGUUGCUCGGUCCCUGCUCCUGCCAACCUGGCAGUUCAAAAGCACGCCAAAGUGCAAGUAGAAAAAUAGGUACCACGCUGGCGGGAAGUGGCAUUUCCAUGCGCUGCUCUGGUUCGCCAGAAGCAGCUUAGUCAUGCUGGCCACAUGACCCAGAAGCUGCACGCCGGCUCCCUCGGCCAAUAAAGCAAGAUGAGCGCUGCAACCCCAGAGUUGGCCACGACUGGACCUAAUGGUCAGGGGUCCCUUUACCAUUACCUUUAAUAAAUAUCAUGAGCUGGUUGGUAAUAUUGAGGAGAAAGCAGUGCACUGAGAAACUGGAGAAGCGAGUUUCCAUCACUGCUGAACCAGUUAUGUUGCUGUGCAAUGUGAACAGUUUGAGACGCCCAGAGUGAAAAAGGAUGGCGACCACUCAUAGGAAUAGUUUUCCCACUGGUCUCUCACUACUAUAAGUCUUACUUGUGGACUACAUAACACUGGGAGAAACAUACUUUAUAUGUAUUGAAUUGGUGUCUAACCUGUGGAAAAGCAAGGGAGAUGUUGGAGUGUGUGUGAAUUUAAUCCACUUCUUUUGAUGACAUCAUGUUAUGCCAUUGUCAAGGACAGUGAAAAUCUAAGAAAGCAUAGGAUUCAGACUAAGCUCUGCUCUGCACCUGCAACACCCUGAAAUCCAGUUCUUUUUGUCACAUGCACGGGCAUUGUGUACCACCAUCACAACCAUGACAUUAUAUAAGAUUGUAUUUUACACAGAGUGGAAUUUUAGUUGAGUUCCCAUCUGUUUAGUGUAAUUUAAGGAUAAGAUUGUACUGAGAGUUCUUAUUUUUAAAUGUUCUGUUGUGGAAUAAAUGCAGAGCACAGGGUGGAUAACAAUCAAUGAUUUUUUUUAAAAGUAAUAAUCAAAAAAAUGGAUUUUUAAAAAAAUUAAAUCAGUUUGUUUUUUUAAAAUUAGAUUUUUAAAAUAAAAUGCCUUUGGAGGAAAAAUCUUUCUAAGGAUAGUUUUCUGUUUAAAUUACAUUAUAGUCCAAAGGCUAUUCAUUAGGAAAUAAGGAUUUGUUUUAAGCUUUUCAUGUGUUCCAAAACUCAAUCUAAUUUUUAAGAAACAAAAACAAAACAAAACUGUUUAACCACAUCAGUUAACAAACAUGGAUACAUAUGCUAUAAUGUUAUUGUUUUAGUUAAAUAAAUUGUUUAAAUUGUUAUUAAGGAAAUGAUUAUUUUUCUCCUUCCAAUAAAGUACAGCAGAAAAGUUGUCCAAAUAUAAACAGUUAACUUAUUGAACCUCACAAUAAUUUCAUAAUUAUUUGUUUAUGUAUUUCUAAUAGUAUAACCAAAUCAGUAAUUUUUGAUAUAACUGUAAAAACUACUCUGAAAAUUUAUUAUUCCAAAAAUGAAACCUUCAUCUGGUUGUAGAUAUUAAGAUUAAACCAGCAAGAAUGAGUCUUUCUGGGGGGGAAAAUGAUUUAAAUCAAAUCUUACUGACUAGUGAUUUACAUCAAGUCUUACUGACUAGUGAUUUAAAUCAUGCUUUAAAUCAAAUCCACCCUGGCAGAGCAGUUACCAAGUUAACCCCAGCAAUUGAUGCGUAUUUUCUGUUAUAAUAUUACAGAACACCCCUUCUGAACGCUGUUGUCACAGUUCCACAGACUGGAAUGCAUCCAAUGUAUGUUUUGUGUGCUAGUUAGUAGUUUGUUGACCCUUUCUUCAUGCUUCGGAAACUAAGUGCCCACAGCGUCUCAGAUUCUUGUAACAAAUUGUUGAUAGUGUGUAUGUAUGUUGUGGUAGGGAAGAGAGAUACUUCAUAACCAAAAUCAAACUUAAUCAUCAUCUCAGCAAACAGAGGUUGGGCUUGAUGGCCUUUAAGGUCCCUUCCAUUUCUAUCAUUCCAUAAAAUAUAUGGCCAGAACCCUCUUGUUUGUGUACUUAUGCCAUAUACAAUGGUACCUCAGGUUACAUAUGCUUCAGGUUACAUAUGCUUCAGGUUACAGACUCCGCUAACACAGAAAUAUUACCUCGGGUUAAGAACUUUGCUUCAGGAUGAGAACAGAAAUCGUGCAGCAAUGGUGCAGCAGCAGUGGGAGGCCCCAUUAGCUAAAGUGGUCUUCAGGUUAAGUACAGUUUCAGGUUAAGAACAGACCUCCAGAACGAAUUAAGUUCUUAACCCAAGGUACCACUGUACUGUUGAUAAGAAUAUAAGAAGAGGUCUGCUGGAUCAGACCAAAGUCCUACCAUCAAGCCUAGCAGCCUAUUCUCCCAGUAGACAACCAGAUGCCUCUUGGAAGCUCGCAAGCAAGACCUAAGUGUAGCAGAACUCUCCCUACUUGUGAGUCCCAGGAAUCGGUAUUCAGAGAAAUACUGCCUCUGACGGUGAAGGGUAGGACAUAGCAAUUCUGGCUAUUAGCCAUUGAUACACUUCUCCAUGAAUCUGAUUCUUUUAAAGCCAUCCAAGUUUGUCAUUCUAACUACGUCUUGUGAUAGCGAAUUCCAUAGUUCAACCAGGUGCUUUGUGAGGGAGGUAAUUUCUUUUUUCUGCCCUGAGUCUUUUAAAAUGGAGCUUUAUUGAAUGGCCCUGAGUUGCAUUAUUGCGUGCUUUAUGUUUCUAGAAAUAUUAAUGCUUUUGUUUUGCUUCUUAUAGGCCAUAUGUGUGGGUUCAGAAAGCAUGCAAAUAAUGUAUCCUGCUAUCUUUGAUCAGUUGCUGGCAUUUGUUGAAUUUUCCUGUAAACCACCGCAAUAUGGACAGCUAGAAACAAAGCACAUUGCAAAUGCAAAAUACAAUCAGGUGAGGUGUGUUGAAUUUUAGCAGUUCUGUUUUUGAGGUCACUGGCUUCCAGAUAUGAUCAGCUUUGCAUGAGUUAUUUAAAUGCCAUCAUUUUCCUGCAUUUGGACAUUUGUGUUAUCAACUAAUUUAAUAAAUGUUUGCUGGUUUUUCAUUUCAAGUUCUUUCCUUUUUUUCUUGUUACCUUUCCAUUUUGAGACUGCAUUCUAUUAGAAAAGAAAACUAUACAUUUGUAGUGAAAACUAGCAAAAUAUAUCUAUAUUAGCCUAACAAAGCUGCUUUAAUCAACCUGCACUCAGUUUUGCAUUCUAAAAUUUCCUGUUAGGCUCUCUUUUCAUUCUUCUGUUUUGUGAUACCAUUGCUUUGAAUGCAUUUACAAUACUAAUCAUACUCAACAGAAGAAUGAGUCAUCAGAAUUUUAAUAGAUACUGUGUGUAUGUGUAUUAAUUUUCCCUUAUUCUGUUUAUCAUGCAACACAAUGGAAUCACAAUAGAUACAACUGUUUGCACCGGUGAGUUCAAAUUCUUUAAAGAUUGUGCUUAGUCUUCUUGCUGCAUAAAUUGCAACAUUUCACUUGCUUAAAAAAUACUUUUAAAUUUCAAUUGUGCACCCCUAUUCUCAAUUCUGUAUGUGUGAGGGCUUGGAAGAUUUAUUUUUGUAAGUUUUUCAUGGAUCAAAUAAUUUUCCUUGUGGAAUUUUCAAAAAAAUUUGCAUGGCAUCAAAAUAGGUCCAUUGCAGGAUUUUUUGAUUUUUUUUUUUCAGAUAGUCUUGUUUCUCUACAUGCACUGAUGUCCCAAUCUUACUUUUCUAGGCAGAGUGGGUAGCAUUGAAUUAUGUACCAUUUGCUGAGAGGUCUUUAGAAGUUGUGGUAGACCUGUACCAAAAGACAGCUUGUCACAAAGCUGUUGUAAAUGAGAGAGUUCUUCAAAAUAUUAUCAAGGUAAAUAUUCAUAUAUAAAUUUUAAGAUAAUUCUUUAAUUAUAGUUCUUCUGCUCUGAGGUUAGCUUGUGGACUGGCUCUGGAGCACUAAGAGUGAUUCUGUUUUGAUUUUAGCAAUAACCAUUUUGUGUUACAAUAAUUACUGUCCAUAAAUAUGUUCUGCAAAAAUUUGGGUCAACUUUGACAGCUAUCCAUAUAGUUGGUGCUUGGAUCUUCGUUUUAGUCCCUUGCACACUGGAAAACAAUGCCACUGUUGGAGACUAGACUAUGGUAAUCGGAAGCAAGAGGACUAGGGUGUCCUAGUGCUAGUGUAAUUGAAUAAAAUCUGCAGUUGGCUGGCAUGUAAUGACUAACCUCUAUUACAUUUAGAAACACAUUGCUGGGUUUGUGUGACAUUUGUUUUCUUCAUGAUUCUGUGUAUAUAUAUUCACACACAUAGUUAUACAUAUAUAAAUAACGAUGAUAACCAUGGAUUUCUUGCUGGCAUCGUCAGGUUGGGCUCUUGCUGCACCAGGAGCAUGAAAGCAGGAGAAGAAACUCUUGGGGAUUAGAUGGCUCCCAAUCAGUUUUUGCUCCUGGCUAAUGACAAAGCAUUAGGGACGCGGGUGGCGCUGUUAGGCUUAAACCACAGAGCCUAGGAUUUGCCGAUCAGAAGGUCGGCGGUUCGAAACCCCGCAAUGGGGUGAGCUCCCGUUGCUCGGUCCCUGCUCCUGCCAACCUAGCAGUUCGAAAGCAUGUCAAAGUGCAAGUAGAUAAAUAGGUACCACUCCGGCGGGAAGGUAAACGGCAUUUCCGUGUGCUGCUCUGGUUCGCCAGAAGCGGCUUAGUCAUGCUGGCCACAUGACCCGGAAGCUGUACGCCGGCUCCCUCGGCCAGUAAAGCGAGAUGAGCGCCACAACCCCAGAGUCAGUCACGACUAGACCUAAUGGUCAGGGGUCCCUUUACCUUUAAUGACAAAGCAGUCAUGGCACACACAAACUGAGGGAAAGGAAUUGCCAUUACCAUUUUUAGUAGGAAUGCAGAAUGAAAAAUUUCUACCCCAAGAAUAGUAUUUGAAAUUUCCACAUGUGCAAACUAAAGGAAAUGGCCUGUGUGGAUUAGCAUUUAUAUUCAUUUUGAAAAUGGGUUUCUAUCAAACGUAAGAAUGGAGUAUUCGGAACUAGACAGUAAAAAGCAUUCUAGUAUUAUAAAAUUCCCAAAAUUUAUCUAUUUCCAUUAUUAUUGCUCACUGUCAUGACACUCCCGUCUUCCCUUCCGGUCCUGUAAUGUUUGCAUGCGGAAACCUAGGUGGCCACUUUUGCUUCUUUUUCUUUCUGUCUUCCUUGCCUGCAGGCACAAUCUUUCUCUAUUUAUGUAUUUGAUCUGUACUUUAAGUGAGCUUCUUUCUUUGUGUUACAAGUACAAAAAAUAAGAAAGUGCACAUUUCUUUCUUGUACACCUUACUGUUCGACUUACGUAAGCAUCCUUAUUUUUGCAGACACUGAGAAUGCCACUUAGUUUGAAGUAUGCUUGUCCUUCAGAAAGCACCUGGAAGCUGGCAGUUUCUUCUCUCCUGAAAGUUCUUUCCAUUGGCCUACCAGUUGCAAGGCAGCAUGCUUCCUCUGGAAAAUUUGACAGCAUGUGGCCAGAGUUAGCCAACACUUUUGAAAACUUUUUAUUUACUAAAAGGUAAAGUGCAACUUCUUGUUUGUGUGGGAUUAAAGGCAGAGUGAAGAAACUUGAAAUAGAACACAUCCGAUUUUAUUAUUUAUGAAAUUGGCUCUUAAACACCUCUAUCUUAGAACACUUGAUUCUUCCUCAAACUUUGGAAUGGUUCCAUGACUAGGAAAGCGCUAAGUAGACACAGAUGCAAAUUAUGAGAAUUAACACCAUUAUGUAAUUUCCUAAAUUAUAUUACCUUAUGAAAACUUUGAGGCUCAUUGUUUUUUCCCCAUUCUGUGUCAUUAAAGCAGAGCUUUCCAAACUCUGUGCCGCAACACAUUAGUGUGCCGGUGUGUCGUGCGAACGCUCCCUGCUCUCCUCCCGGGGCUGGAAAGGGAUUAGUUUAACCUCUGGUUUGAUAGUAAAACUGAAUUACUGUGUCAUGAAAUUAUGCAUGUCUAAAAAGUGUGUCACCAACAUGAAAAGUUUGGAAAGCUCUGCACUAAAGGUUCUCAAAAGCUAGAUGGGCAUGUGUACUAAAAACUUUGUAGUCUUUAGCUAGUGAAUAUAGGCUGAACUGGUCCAACAAAUAAGGAUGAAAUAGCAGUACUGUACCAAUAAGUGAAACCUAAUCUUGAGUGUUUCUAAAGUUUUUGGCUCUGACACUACAGCGGUACCUCAGGUUAAGUACUUAAUUCGUUCCGGAGGUCCGUUCUUAACCUGAAACUGUUCUUAACCUGAAGCACCACUUUAGCUAAUGGGGCCUCCUGCUGCCACCGUGCUGCCGGACCACGAUUUCUGUUCUCAUCCUGAAGCAAAGUUAUUAACCUGAAGCACUAUUUCUGGGUUAGCAGAGUCUGUAACCUGAAGCGUAUGUAACCCGAGGUACCACUGUAUAGUGAAUAUUCAUGCUCAAGAAGUCUGACUUUUAAGCCUUGUUGAGCAAAGCAUAUGCUGAGUCACAAUUUCUUAAAACUCCCCAUGCAGUGGGAAAGAUGUGAUCAUGAGGAUCCAUGACUUCUGCCAAUCCCUAACAAGCUUCUGUACUGAACAAUAACACCAGUAAGACUGCAGUCCAAACAUACAUUAAAUAGUGUAUGUUCACAGUGAGACUUACUGAGUAAACAUUCAUAGCAUAGCUCUGUAAAUUGCAGUAGGCAACCACAUAUUUCAUAAUACUGGCUGAAUUUGUGCAAGCUUACACAUAAUUGGAAAUAGUUUUUUUUAAAGUAUAGGAAGCAUUAAGCAACUGUAAUAGGCAUUCUAUAUAGUGAUAUAUUUUAAGUUGUGCACAAAUUAAGAUGACACAUACAGCUUCUUCCUUUGAAAGACUUUUCUGCACAGUUUCUUAAAUUUUGGAAUUAACAUUUCAAAUUGAGUUUGAUCUUACCAGAAUUAGUGUUUUUACAAAGUUUACAGUCACUGGGUUGCAUCCAGUGGUGUUGCUCAGCUGACAGUUAGACUAGUGUCAGCAGAAUAGGAAGGAAAACAGUUUUCAGCUACUCCUCUUCCCCUCUUUUCAGUCUCCAGCCCUCCUUCUGCUUCCAAACUGGCUCCAGAGGGUCACCCAGCUGUCUGUAAUAAUUGGGGUGGAAUGGAGGUCUGCAGUGCAGAGAGAAGGAAUUGCUGAGAAUUAUUUCUCUCUCUAUUUUGCUGACAGAAGCCUGUCAGCUUAGUAUCACCAUUACAUAUUAUUAUUAUUAUUAUUAUUAUUAUUAGACCCACUAUUUUUAUAUCAAUAUCCCACUGCUCAUUUUCUGUUUCACAGAAAAUGAAUUUAAAUAUUUAACUAUGGCCAGCACUGUGUUUAUGCAGUAGAAACAUAACAUAAUGUUUGGGAGAUGGUCUUGCCUUCUGUCUCUGCAGGCACGCAGUAGUUUAAUUAGCCCUUUCAAUAUACCAGAUAGUUUGCAAUAGUAACCUAAAUUGUGAUAAAGGAAAAUUCUGUGCUUGUCAAAUUCUGUACUUGACAUUUUGAAAAACGGUGAGAGGCUCUCUGAAAAGUCAGAAUAAUUAUUCCUUGUUUUGAGAUGCAAAAAGACAUGAUAGCAUUCAACAGUGUUGUGUUCUGCCGUGUGUCUUUGUCUCACUUGAAAGCUGAAAAGAUAGGGAUGUAUUAUUUCAUUUAUAGUAAGUGCAAGAAUAAUCUGCCUUCAACUGUCCAGUUUAAUAUACUAAGUUGAUUAAGCAUGAAAUGAAACAGGGAGGUAUAAAAAGAAAGUGUCUGCCGUAAAUGUCUUUUUGACUCUUUUGGUUCAGUGCAUGAGCCACUCUUUCAAAUCCUGCUGCUGUGUGGCUUACUGGAUAUGAGUAUCGGCCUCAGUUCCCCAUUUGCAAAAUUUAAAAAUUAAAUACAAUUUGCAAGUUGAAAUAUAUAAGGAUUGUAAACUAUUUAAAUAUACUCAAAUUGCUCAUAAAGGAUUUGCACACUGGGAUAUUUAGUAUGGUCAAGGGUCUGAAAAGCUUCAUCCCGUGGUUCCUCAUAUAAUAUUGUGAAUUUCAUAUUUUAAUUGUUUCUUGUGAAGCAUCUCAAAACGAUUUCACAACACAAUAAAACACAUAAAGCAAUUGUGUGUGUGCGCACACACACACACACACACACAAACAAAUUGGUCUCUCAAUCCCAUAUGUUAAGGCAAUUCUCCAUUUCCUUUCAGUUCCCCUCCAGAUAAUCUUUCUAUUCAAGAGUUUCAGAGAAAUGAAAGCAUUGAUGUUGAGGUGAGUGCAUAUUUCCUGUCAAGUGACUCAAAAUAUUUGCUACCAAAAUGUUUAAUUAAUCAAAACUAGAUUACGUAAUUUAGUUAAUAUACUAGGAACCUAUUCAAGUAAGGAUUAAUGCACCUUUUGGUUCACAUUCAAGGUUCUGUCAAUAGUGCAGGGAGGGUGUAAGAGCCCAAAGCUUGCUCCUGUGCUUCACCUAGACAUGGGCCAUGUGCGUACAGAUCUCAUGCUAAAAAGGCAGAGGCUCUUUAUAUUCGUGUUUGUUGACAUUAUUUAUUUCUGCAACGGUGUCCAAAUCUCCUGGGUGUUAAUGAACUUCUGGUGAAUGACUUUUCAACAUAACAUUUAUAUGUUCUCAUCUGUUAUAGGUGGUUCAGCUCAUCAGCACAGAGAUACUGCCUUAUGCUAACUUUAUUCCCAAGGAAUUUGUUGGUCAAAUUAUGACUAUGCUCAAUAAAGGCUCAAUACAUUCGCAGUCAUCUUCAUUUACAGGUAUGUUAACCAAGCAAUAAAGUCGUAUAAGGAGACACAUGGAAGGAUUCCUUAUACGGUAAACAUUUGGACUGAAAAUAUUAAAUAUCAUGUGCACUAGAUGAAUAAUUAGGCACAGAUAACACCCUUUAGAUUAGUGUUGUUUUAUUCUUUAGCACAGCUGAACAGUGCACAAGAGACUUAUUUUUAAACGUGUUUAAAGUUGUCCAGUUUAUUUGUACUUUUAAUGUAUAUAUUUAUAUAUAUGUUAUCUAAGAUACAAUUAGCUUUUGUGAUCAUUAUCCUUUCACAUAUGCUCUGCUAGUCCAACAAUUCAUUUAAAAUAAUAUAUUUCAAGAAGUACAUUUAAAUAGUUUUUUGUUUGUUUGUUUUUGACAGAAGCCGAAAUUGAUAUUCGUAUGAGAGAGGAAUUUUCAAAGAUGUGUUUUGAAACAUUGCUUCAGUUUUCAUUCAGUAAUAAAGUGACAACUCCUCAAGAAGGCUACAUUUCACGAAUGGCACUUUCGGUUCUCUUAAAACGAUCACAAGAUGUGCUGUAUCGCUACAUAGAAGAUGAAAGGCUAAGUGGCAAGUGCCCCCUUCCACGGUAUGUACUGUGUGUGGGGUGUGGGUGUGGGUGUGUUUAAGUUUAAGGGAGCUGCUUAUUUCUGCUUAUAAAGCUUUGUAUGUUGCUGUCCUCCUUAAGGCCUUUUUGUGUUGGGGUUCCCAUGUGCCUGCCCAGUAUGUAAAAGAAUGUUGUUACAAAAGCAUUGGUAGCUGAAAGGCUUGUAUAUCUGUCUAUCUUGGUCACCUGAAAAUAAUAGUAGCUCUGUCUUCUAGUUUACUACAUAUAAUGACCAUAACAAAAAUAUAAUAAACUCUUAGUUGAUUUGGUAGAUACUGAUGAUCAGUUAAAUCUUUUUGACUAAUCACCAUUAAUUUGGCCACAGCAACUCUUUAAGAAGCAUUCAAAAACGGAGCGUAAAUUUUAGCACCCGAAAUGUAGUUUAGGGGUAGGGAACCUUUUCAGCCUAGUAUUACAAUUGUUUAUCUCCCCCUACACAUAUGGGCCAUAUUUGGCAAGUGGGUGAUACCACUCCCAUCUGUCAAAUUUGCCAGUUUGGGAGAUAGUGACCAAGCAUGACUGAAUUCCCUGCUCAUCAGCUAAGAUUUGAUCUUCUGUUUGAAUGGCCCAAUGCCCUUCCAUGCCCCAAUGCCAGUGUUGUUGAGGUACAGCUUCCACCAUCCCUGGCCAUUGGCCAUGCUUUGCUGGGGCUGAUGGGAGUUGUUCAGCAACAUCUGGAGGAACAAAGGUUCCCAAUACCUGCCCUAAUGGAAGCUGCUUUUGAAAUAUCCCUUAAUUUCCAAAUGACGUGCCUGGGGAUUGCUCACUGCAAAAUUAUUUGUAUCCCUGCCAUAGUAUUUUUAAAUUCCUAAAAAUGAUGUAUACUAGAAACAAGUGGAAACUGCAAAACAGUUGCAAUGUGGGGUGUUCCUGUUCAGGCUUCAAGCUAUCUAGUGAUGCCUUCUAGGUUAUUCCCCCAGUUCAGUUCCUGUUUUGUUUUGUUUUGCUUUGUUUUGACCAGGAGACACUUGGCAUUCUGUAGUUGCUGAUAAUACUCAGAGCUUUGCUUUUCUUUUUACAAGGGGUGCCACCUUAGUCCCCGCCCCCCAAUUGCUUGUACUUCUGCAAACUUCAGUUCCCCUGAGCAUUUGAUAUCUGCUCCUUAUUCUUCAGGGGAUCCAUCUUGGUUGGAGUCCUGUCAACAUUCACUUGAUGACGUCUCUAUUGAUAUUUAUAAUACUCUUGUACUUCAUUCUGAAAAUGAAACUAGAUAUAAUCCAUCCUAAAUUGAGAUGUCACAGUGAAAAGAUAAUAGUUUUAAAAGUUCAGUUUUAGAUUUUGUUAGAAAUCAUUGCAGAAAUUUAUUUUGCAUAAGCUCAAGUUAAUCAGUUUUCCUCGAACUUAAAUUCACAUCUGAUUUUGUUCUUCCUUUUAUAGGCAACAAGUCACAGAAAUAAUAUUUGUUUUAAAAGCUGUCAGUACCCUCAUAGAUUCUCUUAAAAAAACUCAACCAGAAAAUGGUAAGUAAAAUAAAAACUGUGUGUGUAAAAUAUGUAUCUUCAUACGUUCCUCAGUGAGAUCACCCCUUAUAGUACUAUAUCAUAGUCGCCAACUAUGUGGGGCUCUGGGUGCCCAGGCACCCACAAAUUUUAAAUAAAGGGGCCCAGCCACAGUAAAAGCAGCACGCCCCGGGCACUCACUGUCAUGGGGCAAGGCAGGCGCACCUCUACUAUAGAGUUUACUUAUUGAACAGUCUUAAAUAAUACUAUGCAUAGUUCUUUAUGUUGACUCAUGGUUAGAUUUGCCUGUACAUUUUCUAACAAAUGUAUCUCUAAGCAGGUCCAAAUUUUUACAGCUCUUGGAUACCACAGUAAAAUGAUGGGUCUAGUCAAUUCAAUCUGGUUGUUUUAGCCUUCCGGAGUCCACAAUCAAGUAUGAACUGGCUAAUGCUUCAAACUGUGUGAGCUUGUUUCAUAGGAAGUGUACACAGAUUCUAUCAUUCAGAUGGAAGAAUCACAAAGCCUCUCCUCCUUCCGGAGGGGAGGGGUUGUGACUGGGAGCCGAUUCCCGUUUCACGCAGGGGGCGAUCCGCCCCCGGCCCUGCCAUCGUCGCUGACGUGCCGCACCCCCGGAUGGGCACCCAAUAGGGUGACAGUGCGGGGGCGUGGUUUAGCCGCUCAAAUGCGGCCGCGCCAGUUCUCCCCGCCAUUGUGCUCCGAUUUUCCUCGAGUCACAACUUAAGGUUACAAUCCUAGGCCUACUCUUGAAUAAACGGCAAUUUAGCAAAGGAAUUAAGAUGCUGAGAAAACAUACGUAUUUAUUGAAUCUAAGCUGCAGUGGUCUUUGGCUAAACAUGCUGUUUUUUCUGUUAUGUUUAUUAACUGGGCUGGUAUGAGAGGGCAUCUGCAUUUACCUUUUUGUUAUUCUGUGGAUGAUCUGUAUCUUUCUCCUCUUUACGUCAGGGUGAGGUGGAAAAAUACUCUUUAAAGAAUACACUAUAAAAUUACUUAUUUUUAUUUUUUUACAGUUGAUGCUAACACAUGGGCACAGGUUAUUGCUUUGUAUCCAACUUUAGUAGAAUGUAUCACCUGCUCAUCUUCAGAGGUCUGUUCUGCUCUCAAAGAAGCUUUAGUUCCCUUUAAGGACUUUAUGCACCCACCAGCAUCCAAGGUACAGAAUGGAGAGUCCUGACCAAAUUUUUGCUUUUCAAGAAAAAUGCAUCCAUCAAACGAAUGUUUGUUCUAAUGUGAGACAUCUUUGAUGAAAUCUCAUGACCAGUACUUGGCAAGCAGUGUUGACCGCCUUUAAACUGUACUAACCAGAAUUCUGUGAUUCAUAUCACUUCAAGCUUGCAUCUCAAAUGUUUCUGGGUGAAUAGCAAUGCAAGCCUUUGACUCACUGACUGGAAUCCAUUUUAAAGUACAGUACUUGCUACAGUAACUUGAAUUGGUGAUUGAAAAGUGGGCUUAUGUACAGCUUGUUGUGUAUGUGUUAAUGAUGUAAUUAAGAAAAAAACAGAAACCUAAUUCAUUUGGAUUUAUUAGGCAGGUGUUUUGCACCGUUUUUUCAAGUACAAAAUUGUACUAAAAUUUUAUGCAAGAAGGUACUGUAACAUUCCACAUUAUCUGUAACCAGCCUUUGUAAACAAAGGGAAAAUGUACUUGUGUGUAUAAUAAAUCGUACAGUUCUGUAAAAAAAAAGUUGCAUUUAUUGUUUAAAUUCUUUUUUAAACAUCAAUAAUGUUAAAAGCUUGAAAAUGUAUUUAUUAUGAAUACUAAGUUGUAUGCUUGCAUUUUUACUUAAUAUUUGCCUUCUUUGUUGGCAGAUAUGUUCAUUCAUAUCUGAUCAUGCAGAUGAUUUUUUCCUUUUCUCUUUUGGCAUAUUUGAAUGUAUCUUAUCUGUGGCCAAUGAAUAACAAUUCUGCUAACAGGACAUAUGAAUAAAGAUAGUGGCAAAAAUCUGUGAGCUGCCAUGUUGAAAUAAAUGAAUCUGCAUAAGCAGAAAAUUGCUGUGUAGCAUUCAAAACACUACCAUACCUCAUUUCACUAAAUAAUUGUUUUACUGUCAGCCCUUUUUUUGUAGCUCUGCUUUUUAAAAAACCCUUUUAGUUGAAAUGUAUAUUUUUUUCGGUUUCGCCCCAACAGCAUUGGUCACUAUUGUUGAAUUAUGACUAAAGCAAAAUGAUUUUAAGUAUCAGCAAUAUUUUACUUGUAUUUCUUGUCAUUGUUUCAAUAAUUUUAAGUGCUUUGUUUUGUAACGUCUUUUCAACCUGAAGAAUAGCUGUUCUACUCUUUGAGUAUAAUAUGUGUGUGAUACAAACCGAGAAGUGUAUUUUUGAAGAUAGUUUAGAGAUAUAGUAAACUGUCAUGAAGUAAAAUUGUUUGUUUCCCUUUACUAUGAAGUGCCAUGGAAUGGGUAUUUCCUGUAAAACCUCUUCAUUGUUGAAAAGAAAUCUUAUCCCUAGGCCACACCACUUAAAUUUUAGUCAGAUCCUAAUCUUGAUAAUACUGGAAUAUGUUGGAUAGCAAGUUUUAUUCUAUUGUCCAUUCUCUGCUGUGAGAACCUCAGCAAAACAAUAAGUUACUAUGGAGGUGACACACUUUACCAGCAUGUAUGGUCACCUGCCACAUAAAUAGUGUCACAGAUAAGGCACAUGCCAUUAACUACUAUAAGGGAGCCCUUUCUGUGCUCUUACCUCAGAAGCCUCCAUGGUGACUGUUCUGUCGUGCUUUGUAGACUUGCACCUUUUGUCAUGGAACAGCCAAAAAGCAUAUUUGUAUGGAUUAAAAAAGUUUCACUUUUUAUUUCAGUGAGGUUGCAUUAAAUUGUUAUAUCUUAAGUGUUCUGAAUGUAGUACAAAUGAACAUGGUAAAGUCUGCACUUACAAGCCCAAACAUAUUUAGCUGAAUCCUAUUCUAUCCACCAUUAGUGCUUACUUUCAAUUACCGGUAUGUGUGCCCAGGAUUGCAGCCAUUGAGUUAAAGGUUGCUACCCUCUGAAAAGGAAGAUAUGCCAAGCCCUGUUUCCUUUUGAAAUCAUCUUGACUGUUACAGUGGAUCGUGUGCUGUAUAUGUUGCAAGCUUGAUACAAAGAUUGGGGAAGAGACACUGUUCCUACUACCUCCAGGACAUGCCGUCUUGUAUUUCACCAGAAUUGCCCAAUGAGCUCAUUACCAUAAGGUCUGCAAUAUGCUCUCAAAUUAUGACUCCUAUUUGCCAGCCAGAUAGCUUGACAUUUUCUUUCUGUGUUGUAGAACAAUAGUCUUUCUGAUGCUUACCUGCUCCAGGAAGCAAUAUGAGCCAAUGAUUUGAAUUAAUGCUAUCUUGAUUUAGUGGUAAAUUAACUUUUUUAUAGUUUUCAGCCAGUUUGUAUGUUCUUUUGUUUAGAAAAUAUCAGGCAUAAAUAGAAAAUUUGCUUUGAAUUGGUUAUCACAAUUGGUAUUUUCUCUUACCAUUUUCUCAUAGUAAUGUAAGGCUAAAACUCUCUACAUAUUUACAUGGGUAAGUCCCCCAUAUAGUGUAUCAGAUUGAUUUCAGUUUACCACACAAUCUGCCCUGAACUUAUGAGGAUUAAUCUAAAUGUGUGAAAAGGUACAUUACAUGUUGGUCUUUAGAAUGUUUAGCAGAGCAAUCUGUCAGAUGUGAGAGGAAGAAACUGAGGCAGAGGAAGUGUCAGUGCAUGCAAUCCUUGGAGGAAUGAAUUUCCUGCUUUUUAAUUUGGCCACUUAAGGCUGCUUUUGUAAUAAUUUUCCCCUCCCAUUGGGAGUUUCCCCCCAGCUCUACUUCCUGUUCAAAACAGGAAAGCUUUGGAUUCUGUCAAUCCACAGCCUCUUACCAUAUCAAUAAACCUUGUAAAUAAUCUGUAUACUCCAUGUAUAGAUCUUGUUUUUGUCAUUUAUGCACUUUGAGUAUAAGUUCACUUUUCUGCCUGUAACUUUACAGAAGCUACUGAAGCAUGCAUGGACAGCACAAAAUAUAGUAAAACAACUUUUGGAUCUUGGCGCUAGCUGUUAAUGUGUUCAAGUUUUUAGCUUUAAAGCCUUACUUCAGCUUUUGGUGGAAACACAUUGUGCCACGUGGGCUACUGUUAAGCUCUUCUGGGGAGGCUUUCAAUUACAGCAGCAAGCAUGGUUGUUCCCACUAUAUUGUUGUAGGUGCCUGCUAAAAACUUUAUUUCAACAAGUCUAGCCAGAUAAAUAAUUUAGUUUUUAAGUUUUACUUCUUUUCUUUUGCGUAUAUUUUUUUUGCAUAUAAUGUGCACUGCUUAAGUUUUGAUUAAUUGGCCUCUAUCUGUAUUAAUGUUGGUAGUAAUGAGGUGGUAAGAUCACCUACAACUUUUUUUGUGAUUUAGGCUGCAAGCCAAUACUCAUUUUACGUUAUAAAUCCUAGUCAAUUCAAUGAGGCUUACCCCUGAGUAGACAUGUAUAGGAUUUCACUAGUUUCCCUUUAAAAUCUUUCCACAUACUAUUUUAAUAUGGGUGAUACAUUUGAACUUCUUAUCGUUUUGCAUGUCGCCUGCUUAGAACGAAUAGAAAUUAUUUACAGCAAAAGACGAGUUUAAAUGCAUUUCAAAACGACAACGACCUUUGUCCAUUACACUGCAGGUGAUUAUUCAAAGUCCCGUUAUGUUCAACAUGGCUUAUUUUUAGGAUUUCAGCCGUAUCACAUAGUAUUUUUCGCCUUUUAUCUGUUGUGCCCCGUUGCAGCUCGAUAGGCAACUUAACGCCUGGCGAACGCAAAUUUUACUCAAUUCCUCGGCUAGGCCUAGCUUGUCCUGGACUACAUUUCCCAGCAGACUUCGCUCGGAGCGCGAGACUGGUCGUCAGGUGCCCACACCCCUCUAUAUUUUCGCGCCGAGAUUUGCUCUUCCUCCUCACGCGAAGAAAAGGGAGGGGGGGAAACACAUCCCAUUUCCCAGCAUUCCUUGAGGCAAGGGCUUUAAAGCGAGUUCCUGUUUGCCCGAGGGAUUAAUUGACCGGCGCCGUCUUUUCCUCGGGGGCCGCAGCAGAGAAGGUCGAGAGCACCGACCUCCCAGCCCACCCCCCGCAGCCCCGCUCCGUUGCCGGUGUGUUCUUGUUCAAGAUGGCGCUGGAAGGCUUUCUGACGGGCCAGGCCUACUAGUCACGUGGACAGAACGUGAGUACUCGCGCUCCCCCCUUUCUCCAUCUCUAUGGUUUGGGUGGCCGGGCGCGCCAAGAGGGAGGCGAGCAAUAGGCGGAGGGAAGUGGGGGGACUUCUCAUCCUUCCGGAGAAAGGGAAAUCGGCGGAGCCUCGGAAAGGGCGGGAGCGCGGCGGCGUCUUUCACUGCGAUACAGCGCGGGGGGUGGGGAAGGCGGCACGGAGAGGAAGAUGCUUUCGCCGCCGUCAGAGGAGCAGAAUAUAACUGCUGUCCUUGAAGGAAGCGACCGAAAAAACCGUGUUCUUCCUUUCUCCUCUCCCGCCUUCGUCUAUCCGCUUGGCGGCGCGUGAGGCGGCAAGCGCCAUCGUGUGCCCUCAGCCGCCAGGAAUGGCGCCUCGUCAAGCGCCUCACCGCCUUUUAUUCCCUCGGGGGGCCGGCGCGCGCGAUCGGGCAGUUGGUGUGUGGGGGGGGAGAGAGCCUGCAACGGUCAUGUUCGAAUUUUGAGAGGGGAGGGGGAGGGCACCGGUCCCUGCUUCCCUCUCCGCCGCAGAACAAUCUAAAGCUGAGGUGAAGGCGAGUGAGUGUCAGGGAAUAUGGGAGCGCGAAUUUUCUCCUCAGUUUUGUUCCCCCUUGUUCCUCCUCCCCUCCCGCGCCUUCGCUUUUCCGUCUCGCGCCGAUUGACAAUUAAGCUCCUGGGGACUGCACCAGCUGUGGCCUGUAAUGUACCUAAUAAACGAGACUCCCUCGCGUCAGUUUCAGGUCAUGCAAGGAAAAGGGCAGAGCGGGUGGCGGCGGCGGGGUAGGUGGGGGGUGGCGGCGGCGUUGUAAUGCGCGCUCUGGGCGGGGUUUCCUCCUGCCCUUCGCAAAGAAGGGAGUCUGGCUGAUGUCUGCUGCAGAUAAAGGAGACAAGAGGACCGUCAGAAAGAGCCCGAACCCUUUUGCCAUGGCUCCUUCCUUCCUCUCUCUCUCUCUCUCUCUCUCUGGGCUCUUCAUUUUAUUGUGGGUGGAACAUGCCCGCCUUUCUUCUCUCCUUCCAGGAUGGGGUCGGGAGCACCAUGGCCCUGGCUGAGGUAGUAGUUUGUGCUGUUGGUCGGGUUGUGACAUUGCCCGCUGUGGAGAUAACUGCGCAAGCUACUGCCUUGCUAGUGCUGGUGAUGAUCAGCUGCAGAUGAAGACAAUGACAAUGGGAAUCCCCUUUGUUUUCCCAGGGAUUGCCGUUUCUCUGUGUGUGUUUAAUGCCUCUCAGUAUAUGGCUUUGCAGCGCUUGGCUUCGCACAACUGAAAUGUUGCAUUUUCCAGUUUUUUAUUUCCUCAGGAAAUGUCUGAAUUUUGAAAUGCACAGUAUGUACGUCAGUAUUGCAUGUUGUAUUCCUUAGUGACGUCCUGACAGAUACUGUUCUAUUCAGAUUAUUAGUUUGGUUAAAGAAAAUGCCUGUUUGUUGUUAUCUAUUACAUAUCUGUGGAAAGCUAAAAUUUAUUGUACAUCUUGCAUGUGCUGAAUAGACAGCAUCUCAUACGACAAAUUUCUUUAAAUCUUUAGAUGGGCACUUACAUAUUUAUAGUGAAAUUUUGAUACUUGUAUUACACCAGCAAGGACAUAUGUUUAGAUUGUGUUGCUGGGCUGAUGAGUUUGGGAUAUUAUGAGUGGCAAUUACUGUUUGAAUUCUGGUUAUGGAAAUAACAUCAAUAAAACACCAUUUAUGAGGUUUUCAUAAAUUUUAACGACUGUGCAUUUAUUCUGCACUGCAUAUUAAAAUACUAAAAAACAGUAGCAUUAAAUAAGACAAUGAUAUCAGUACCUAAUCUUUUGUAAGAAUAAUACAUAAUGUCACAUGCCUUCCUUAUGACAGAUGCUAUAGUCUUCAGCUUUAGUAUUAACAGUGCAAAUCUACACAUGUCUACUCAAGAGUCCCAUUUAUAAUGGGACAUUACCAGGUAAGUGCAUAGCUGUCUUAACUAGUUUGUUUUCCCUCCAGUGUAUCAUUUAACUAAUAUUUAAUUAAGUUUAGAAGCAUCUAAUAUUUCAUGAAUUCUAAUAUCUCCAUAUUUUAAAACCUUAGGAUAAAAAGUAAAGUGAAAUAGUGACAUCCAGCAUUAGUCCUGCUCAGAGGAGAUUCAUUAAAAUCAAUGGACUUCAGCCCAUUGAUUUCAGAGGACCUACUUUUGAGUAUGAUUCAUGUUGGAUAUAACUCAAUUUACCCAAAUUCCACUAUUAUUAGAUGACAGAAUUAAAAAUAAUUGGCGAAAGAACUGUGGGUAAAAUAUCUUAAAGGCUUUUUAAUACUAGUAUGAAACACAAACUAGUAUGAUCACUAUAUAAAAGCUCCUUAAUUAAACUAGUGUUUGCCCUUGCUGAAAUGAAUAUACUGACCUAUAGAUUGGAAAACAAUAGGUUUAUUACUUGUAAAGGUUCGUUGUUCAGUACUUAGUAUUGUGAGCAACGUCCUCUCUGUGUUGUAUGCUUUAUUAGUUAGGUGUUGGAUUUCUUAUUUUUUUCAAACUUUGUAUGGCUAAUUCAUGAAAAGAUAGGAAUAAGUUAAUUUGAAUAGCUUAUAUAAUAAAACACAUUUAUCUUUAUUUAAUAUCUUUGGUGCUGUAUGCUGAGCUCCAGUGAGUUUCUUUGUUUAAAAAAACACCUGAAACUUAGAAAGCUGUAAGGUAGGGUGGCCUGUUUAAAGAAGAUAUGAUGAAAAAAUAGAGGACACAAGUUAGAGCAGUAAUGGGAAAAUGUAGUCUUUGUGGCAAACGUGUCAUUUUUCACUUUAUCAAAAAGAUGUAGCUUAAACUUGGAUCUAGAACACUUAAAAAAGUACUUUCAGGAUACACAAGGAAACUUUAUGAUUAAUUUUUUAAAAGAUUCAUCGAACACAAACAUUUCUACAUUGAAUAAUUUUAUGAAACCUCAGGGAAAAAAUUCUGACUAUAUUCAGCCUCUCAGUAGUAUUGUUGGAAUCAGUAUCCCAUAAGAAUGGGGAGUGAAUAUAGGAUUUUUGAAAAUGUGCAAAAAAUUCCUUGUAAAUCAUUAUAUGAGGUCAGGAUGAAAUUGCUUUUUAAAUUUUAAGGGUUUCAGCACCAUCAGUUAGGAAACCAAUCAGAUUUUUGCACACAACAGGGAACUAUGAUGAAUAAUUACUCAUCCAAGUUCAAACUGUCUUUGUAAUGCAGUUUGAAGUACAUAAUUGGAUGUGGGUCUUUACUGCAGACUCCUACACCAAGUAAGAGAGAACUUUGGUUGUAUCCAACUCUACUCAGAGCAGACCCACUGGAAUUUCUGACCUAAGUUCAUUGUGUCCAUUAAUUUCUCUGAGUGCAACCCUUCAUGAACUUUACAUAGCUUUAGGAGUGAUGUUUUCAUUUUAGCUGCUGGUGAAUUUGGCAAAAUGCUCAGCGCUUCUCAACAAGAUUUAUUCCAUUAGUGUAGUAUACCAAAAAUAGGGUAGAAUUCACUGUAAAAGCAGUUUGUGGGUUGCAAGUAUCUCUUCUCUUUAUGUGUGCAUACAUAGGUAGAUAUAUAUUGAGUACGAUUUUCUUCCCCUCCCUAGUUCCAGGGCUGGGAAGAAUAUAAUUAGUUCUGCAAUUUACAAAGCAUUGAACGAUUGGAGCAAUUUGUUUUGCUCUUAAGUAGAUAUCUUUCCCAUAGCUAAGUCAUCAGUUGCUCUUCUGUUUUUCAGACUAGUGCCCAUCAUUCCAAUAUGACCCCUACCACUAGCAAGACAGCAUUAUAAUUUAAUCCUAGUAGUUAUACAGCUGGCACUGCUUUUUAAAGGUAUAUGCACAAAAGCAACAUAACUGCAUGGAACUAGACACAAUUUAAAAUUCAUUAAAUGAAUUGAAUGGGAGCUUUUCUUUCUCGUGAGUUUUGCCUAUAAAUAACCUUUUCGGGUAUUUGCAGUUGUAUUUCAUUGGUAUCAGUAGAUAAGGCAUUAAUGCCUGGGGCUGAAUUCAGUAUUACAUUGAUCUUCUUGAAGCAGAAAUAAGGGCUUAAAUCCAAAGAACUGAGAAGGAUGAGAAAAUGUAUUAGUCCUGUUCUGUGAACUCUUGCAGAAGCUACUUCUUUCCGUGCCACUCUGUGAGGGUAUGAGAAAUAUGUUGAAAAAGGAAGACACAGACUGACCUUAAAAAUAGCCCUACAGGACUUGGGUUCACUUUUCUCACUACUAAGUUGGGAACCACUUCCAUGAACAAAAUAGUUUCUACUAACUAAACCUAUAUUCAAGCUAUUGUACUAAAAUUGCCUUCCAUUCCCUUCAGGCUUAUUAUUUUAGAGGGCAUUUUAGGAAAGUGGGAUGGGCUAGUAGAACUCUUGCACAGGAUGGGUUUAAAGUGAGCAGCUAUUACAUGUAGGUGUAGUUAAGAACAUAAUUGGUGCUGAAGGUGCUGUUAAAUGUUACAUUUCCCUACACUAUUCCAAGUGGUUUUAGUAACUUACAAUUUAUGAAAUCUGCAUGGCUUGAGAGCAAAGUUUUGAGUACUUGGGGAAAAUACUGAGUUGUAGACAUAGAUUUAACUAGUAUAGUGAGUCUACCCAUUUAUUAAAGUAUAUCAUAUUCUGCCUGCCUUUCAUCACAGAGUUUAUCAUGAAGCCAAACUAUUGAGAAAUGCUGCAUAAUACAUUCAUCAGAUUAUUCCAUCUCAUGAAUGGGGAAAGAAUGCUUGAAUAUUUGAAUAUUCAUCAGUGUUCUGGGAUGUCUCUCAGGUGUUUUGUUGGUAUUUCUUCAAAAUUGUCAGUGGGGCUAAAAAGUUGGAUGCAAUUAUUUGAUUUUGUAUACUUCACCUUCCUGUAACUUGUUAAGAAAGUGCUUACUACAAAAUAAAACUAUAAUAAUAAAUUAUAUAUAAUACAAGAUUUAAAAUAACCACAACCACAGAGAACAAUGAAGUAAGUCUACUUCUUCAAUACUUGGUAGAAAGAGCUAGUCUUGGCCAAGUCCCUGAAGGCUAGCUGUGGUUAUGGCAGGCAAAUAAUGGGCGGGAUCAUGCCAUACAUUUGAAGUAUAUGAUUUCCCCCAAAGAAUCCGGGACCUGUAGUUCACCCCUCACAGAGCUAAAAAUUCUUAGCACCCUUAAACUAGCUUCCAGGAUUUUUUUGGAAAAGUCGUGUAUUGCAUAUGUGUUGACUAUAUGGUGUGGAAUUGCCAAAUACCUGGAGAGGGAGUGCCAGAACAGGAAAGGUCCUCCCCCUGGUCGCCCAUCUAAUCUCAAGCUAGGGUGACUAGAAGGAGUUUCCUAGAUGCUAUGAUACAUUGAUGCAAAUAUGAAUUAUCUAAGGCCCUCCAGAUGAUAGACUAUAAUUCCCAUCAUCCCUGACUUGUUCAUGCUGGCUGGGCCUGGUGUAAAUUUGAGCCCAACAACAGGCGUACUACAAGUUUCCCAUUUCUGUAUUAAUAGCUCAUGAAACAAUGGGUUAAUUUGUAGGGUUUCCUUAAUUUACUGUUGGGAGUUGUAAAUUCUUAAUGCCUGAAUAUGUGAAUGCUCAAAAGUGGAUGGGGUUAGGGACAUGCAUGUAAACAGCACCCUCACCAUGCACACGCACACACUGGCUUCUCCCUCUGUCCCCCCCCCCCACGUCUCUGCCUCCUAAAGGCUUGCACGGCUGUUUGUUGCAGCAGCCCUGGCUACAAGCUCUCCAGGCGAAUGGUGCCUCUGGGGCUGGCCAGGGGGUGCUUCCCAGGCCCUUGUGGGCAGUGUGAGGAGGCACCUCUCUGGGGUGGGGGUGGGGCAGUUCAGAGAACAGGGCCUGUGGCUGCCCAGACAACUCCUAAGGAGAGGGGAGAGGAGAUGAGGCUGAGGGAGGGUGUUUGAAAAAUGUUGAGGCUACCAGCUCUGCAGGCAAGGGGUGACAUAACUGGACUCCUGAUUCCCACAGGGGUGCUGUAGAAAUAAUGUAGUUGGUCAAGAAAGCCAUGGACUCAAAAAGAUUGAAAACCUCUGCCAUGGAGGCAUAAGAGUUGUGCCACUUAAGAAACUCUUACAAGUGCUCAUUCUUGGUAUCCUCCUAGCUAGAUUUGGCUCCUUGGCAGAAACACCCUUCUGCUCAAGUUGCUUAUGUGGGUGCAGAUGUGCAGUACUGGGUUCACUUAAGUUCUAUUUAAUUUUUCUGGAGACACCUUUUAAUGUACAAAGAUUGCUUAUAAAUGUUUGGCAUAACUAAUAAUUAUAUAAAACUUGUUACCCAUGGCUAGAGCUGAAUUGUUUUUAAUGUUUAUAUAUUAAGGGAAGGGAAGAUAAAUUUAUUAUCCAACUUCUCUUCUAAGAGAGAUUGGUGCAGUCAUUGUUUGCCUUUUGUACAACACAUCUUCAUCCAAGUGGAGUGCAGAUUGCAAUGCCUUUUGGCUGCAAUUUGAUAGGAGGCAAAUAUUAGUUUAUGAACCAGAGUCCGUAACACAUUGGUGUUUAUGGAAGGUUAUUCCAUGAGUUGUGCUGUGACAUAGUUGUAUAGAAGAUAAAAGAAUGGAAUGUGACGAUUUCAUAUACUGUUACACUCAUUCUUCCUGUGUAUGCAUAGAGGCCAUAAGAAAGGAAGCAGGGUCAUUCAUUUGUUCCUGUAUCAAUAGUCUUAAAUGUUAUGCAUGUGCAUAAAAAUAAAAAGCCUUUAUACAAAUAAAAGUAAACCAUUCUUUAGACUAGAAUAAAAUCUAAGAAGAUUAAGGAAGAGAAUGUGAUUGUGCAUUGAUGCACCAUUACUAAAUAGCAACUUAAUUGAAAGAAAUAUUUACAUUUUUAAUGUAAAUGUAAUGUAACUUGCCAUUUUUAAACUGGUCCAAUGAACAUGGUUGUUGUGCUGGUCCAUAUUGUCAUCUUUGUAUGCCUAUUUAUUGCUAUCACUAUUAUAUGUAGGCAUGCGACUUUAAUACUCAUGAAAUAACUUAGCAUAAUGCCCACUGUUCACAUUGGUACCAAGUCAUGCAGCUUGAGAUUUUGUCAUGUGCCAAAACGUUUCAGCUAUAUCUUUAGCUAUAUUCCAAUAUAAUAUAGAUCCUAGCACAGAUUGCGUAAUGCUGUCUCCUUUUAACAAGCAGUAAAAUGUCAUGGGGCCUUAAUAGCACAUGAUUUUGUUUUUUAAAAGACUGAUCUACUGAGCAACAACAACAAAACGUUACUAGUUCUGACAUACGUUUGCUGUCACUCCACUACAGAGCAACACUUGAUCAGUACAAUAAAUUGUUACCAAUGGUGGUAUAAAGGGCUUUUUAAAAGUAUUGAGGGUUCAGUUACCAAGUACAUCUGACUCAGUAGUUCAGAAUCAAUAAAGCCACUCAGACACAUAAACCUAGAAUGACCUAUCGUUCUUGUGGUGCCGUUGCUACCUCUGCUGUGAUCAGAUAAAUCACUUUCACACUAUUGAAUCAAUAAUCAUAAAUUAAAUACCUAUUGUUAUACCAUCUUAUGAGAAAUUCUCCUGGUUUAAUUAAUUCAACAGCUGUAGUCAUCUGCCCCUUCCAAGAGAGAAAUGGCUUUAAAAAAGCAACUCCAUUGUGAAAGGGAAAUUUAUAGUGAACUAUUUGUUUCUACAUAAUAUAUAUAAAAUGGAAUUCUUCAGCCUAUCCCAGCUAAUUCAUGUUUCGAUUGUACCCAGCUGCUUAAAUUGCACUGCUCAGAGAUUGCCUUGAUCCCCAGGUGCAGGUAUUCCAUCUGUGCUGCUCUGAAAGACUAUUUACGGCAGAGGUUAGGCCAGUGAUUGCUGGGAUGGAAAACUCAUUUCUCAGCCUGGCUUUUAUUUACACUCUUAUUAAAGAUCCUUUCACUCAUGUUGGAAUGGCAGCUAGUGACUGCAGCGAGUAUUUGGCACCAAGCCAAGCAGUAAAAUUACAAUGUUGAUGAAAGAUAGCCUGCUUCCAUUUUAACCUUUCCCUGUUCACUCCAUCUACAUUUGCAUGAAGAAGAAUGAUUAUUGAAUAAGAUAGUGGGGGACAAAGGGAUAAGGCAGGCCUGGGCAAUUGAGCUCUCCAAAAAAAAAUCAACUGUGCCACUGAUUUUGAAACAAGUCAUUGCUUUGCUAAUAUGUAAUUACCCUUAAUUAUUAUUAGAAAUUAUUUUGAAAUAGAAUGGUGGUGCCACUCAUGCCAUUUUUCUUGCUUUAAAAUUGCUGCCUAUUUUGCAAUAGGAAAAUGCACACACAGGUUUCUAUUUCAAACUUCAUGUGAGCAACAAAAGGUAAUGCACAAGGAACAUCCUUAAAAUGUCUUUUAAAUGGUGAUAGUUACUAAGAAAUUCAUGGACCAAGUAUAAAAAGCAGUAUUAUGCUUUAUAAAGCAAAGUUGUGGCUCUUCAUUUUCUGAUCGCACAGUAAAAUUAGAAAUAUAUUGAAAAGGUCUGGAAGAGUAACCAUAUUAGGAUUUAGCUAGAGCCAAAUAGCUGCUGCCGUUCCAUGUGUCUCUUCCUCAUAGCAUCUAAACCAGCACAACAUAUGAUGGGAUAGCAUCAUGUUAUGUGCUGCCAUGGCCCCACCUGAUAACUGCAAAAGGUUGGACAAUUUCAUUUUUACUUGGAUGUUUUGAGGAAGUGAGCAGAGAAAAUGAGAACAAUAGACCUCUGUUCCAUAAACUGCAAUGCCAAUUUUUCCUGGAGGGGUAGCAGCAACUGCCUCCCCCCUUCCCAAGCUGCCUUUCUCCAGGCCAACAACAAACCAUUAAGGUCAUGAGGCCUUUUUAUGAGAUAGGCUCACUUGUUUCUCCCUUUGUCAUACUUCAGUUCUAUUCAAAUGUAUUCUGCCUGUAUGUUCCUAUAUUGAGCUUAAAAUGAAGUGUAUACUUGCUUGGUGCUGACUACUGGUAUAAUAUUCUUACACUUUGUUAUGGAAGGUGAAAGUAGAACUUGAAAAGUGAAGUUAGUUUAUAGGUGGUCCCUGGAAGGCUAAGUUUACCAAUGGCUCCCAUUUGAAACAGUUGAGAAGCAAUGAGUUGUAUACAACUCUGCUGUUCUGCUCAAGCAAGAGACUUUCCACUUGCAUGAAUUGACUUUCCCCUUCUCCAUGUGGUUCCCCAUGCAUCCUCAACAUCUGCACCAGAGGGUUGAAGGGUCCUCUGGAGCAGAUUUUGGGGCACAUGGGAAGAGAGGAAGGGGAAACCCUAGUGCACAAAUGGAAUUCUGCUGUGCAGUGUUAACUACAACCCAUAGGUCUAUGUCAUUAAGGUCUUAGGUCUGGAAUCAAGUAACAAGUCCUGCUAGCAGAAGCCCAUACAACUUAAGAUAGCUGCUCAGAAGGUUGGCAGCUCGAAUUCCCACAACAGCGUGAGCUCCCAUUGCUCUGUCCCAGCUCCUGCCAACUUAGCAGUUCGAAAGCGUACCAGUGCAAGUAGAUAAAUAGGUACUGCUGUGGCAGGAAGGUAAACAGCAUUUCCAUGUGCUCUGGUUUCCGCCACAGUGUUCCAUUGCACCAGAAGCGGUUUAGUCAUGCUGGCCACAUGACCUGGAAAGCUGUCUGUGGACAAACGCUGGCUCCCUUGGCCUGAAAGCAAGAUGAGCACUGCAAUCCCAUAGUCGCCUUUGACUGGACUUAACCGUCCAGGGGUCCUUUACCUUUAUGAUAGAACAACUGGGCUUUCCCUCCUCUAAGUUGGGUGGGGGCAGGGGUCAAGAGAACAACACUCCAGGGGAAGAUGGCAGGGCGGGGUGUCAUUUUGUCUGGCAAGCUGAAAUGCUUAUGCUGAUAGCACAAUUGCUAGAAAAGGCUGGGGAGUAAUGCAUUUUACAUACCAUAUUUUUUAUUGUCACAUACACGUUAGGAAUUUACUUCUUCAGCAAAUGUUAAUUUUCAGUUUGUUUUCCAGAGCAAUGUUAAAUAAUUUUGAUCCUGUAAAAUUAAAACAAUGGGGAAACAUUCUAGUCCAUUCUCAGUCUGGGUACCUCAUAAAUCUAUACUAAACAUAUGCCAGCAUCAACAAUGCCCUCUCAAAAUAUAUGUAUAUGUUGAAUUCAAAGAACUGUGCCACAUAUUAGGAACUAAUUCUCAAAACAAACAGUAGUGCCUAUUAUGAAAUAUUUGCCAACUUGCAUGGAUAUUUGCAAGUACAAACAACAAUAUGAAAGAGAAAUAUUUAUCCUAUAUAUUCAACCAAUGCCUUCAUAGGAAACAGGGCUCUGUGGGUUAUAAUAUUAUUUUUAAAAGAAAGAGAAAGAACUAUGGUUGCCUUGCUCAAGAAACUGCUUUUAAAAUAAACUCAGACAACCUGCAAUGUGAUUAUGUAAUCAAUGGUGGAUUCUCCUGAAACAGAAUGUUUAUGAAUAGGUAACAAGGGUAAAUCUAACCUUUGGAAAUUUCUAUCUGGCCCCAGCAAAGCCUCCGAUACGAAGAACCUCCAUCAUACAUUAUACAUCUCACCUUGAUUCUUCCAUGGGCUAUAGUUAGUCAUCCCCCCCUCCAGCUUGGACCAUCAACCAAGCUUAGCAUAGCUUUCCCCUUAUUAUACAAUCCAUCUGCUCACUUCACUGCACAGGCAAAUCACUGUUUAUCUGAGUGAAAGUUAUAAGAGGGCCCUGCUGAAGCCCCUGUUACUAUACACACUGGAAAGGAGAGCACUGACUAACCCUUUGCUGUUAUCUUUUUCUCUCACCCCUCUCCCUUGUAGCUAAGCCACCCCUUCCUCAUCAGCUUUAAGCCUUGCACAUGGAGCUAAAAUAUUCCCACUUCCCUUUGUUGUCUCAGCAUUAUACAAAACUAAAGUUUUUAAGCUUCUUGGUAUUGUUUGAUGUGUCUAAACCAUUUUUAGUAUCCUUUCAAUUAUUUAGAAACACAGAAUCCCCUUAAAGCUCUCCCUGAUAUCUGCCAGUAUUUAUAAUACACUUGCAGAACAGAAUUCCUAGCUAGCUGCAUUAUGGAGUUUCAGUCACCAGCCAAACUUCAGAAAUGUGCAUUACAGCUUUCUCCAAGUUUUAUUAUUAAGCAAGCAUUUAUCUUCUAACUUCUGACUAAUUACUGAAAAGCAAUUAAAAUACUAUAAAAACAUGAAGUGCUAGUUGACAUAUUAUUCACUUGACAGUAACAGAGUACAAACUUUUUUAAAGUAAUUUUGUCCAUAUGUAGAAACAACAGCUGUUCACUCAUUAUGUGCGUCUUUGGAAUUUUACAAGCAGCACUCCACUGACCCAAACCAUACAAAAAUCUGUAACAACCAACUGGGCAUUUGCUCUGGAAUUCAGUUAGGUGAUUUUACUUACAUCAAUUUUCUUCUCUGCUUAUUCCCAAUUUGUUCUUUCAGCAAACAGAAUUGAUAGCUGAGUGCUUGAACAUGCACUGCAAGAGAACUUAACAAAUGGAAAAAUUUAAAAAGAAGGUGCAGUAUGUACCUAUGCAGCUAUAGUUUGGCUGAGACAGCUCAAAAGAAAGCUGAAGGAUGGGGAAUUGUAGGCUAUAUCAUAUUUUCACUGACAGCAUUCACCAGCUAUAUGCCCCAGAAAAGAAGCUCACAGCAAUACUACCCAAAAUAAGUUUUUAUAUUUAUUUAUUUUUUACAAUAUCAUUUUAAAACUUUGUUGUGCAUACAUUUUCCAGCUUCCUUAUUUCAUUGCACUUAAAAGUUUCAAAACACGUAAAAUAUAUCCCUUUACUAAACAUUUUUGUUCUCGGGUUACAAAAAAGUUUUGACAUUUCACAGUCACCACGCUUAAGUACAUUGAUCCAAACAAUUCUUAUCCCGAAGACUCUCUUCAUUGUUUGGAAUGCUGAGCCCAGAAUAUAGUACAUUCCUUGCUUACAGUCACUGUGCCAAUAAAGGAAGAAAAUGGCAAAAUUAAACUGAAAUACAAUGGAACAUCAAAGUAAAGUGGAGGUUGACAGGGAGAAGCCUCCUUCAAGUAUAAUGUAGGUAGAAUUUGGCAGAAUGAUUGAAGAGGUAUUUGGCCACUGUCUAUGUCAUCUUCAUACGACAGGAAAGAAAAAUUACAAGUGUGCAAUUUUCACAUAAGUCACAACAUAAGAAACAAAACUGCAAGAGUGCAUUAAGCAAAGGGCAAAGGACUAAAAGAAAUUUAGUAGGAUUGUGCUGUAUGAAAGACAAGUACCUGUAAAGUUCAAGCAACAACCUACAAAAUAUUUUAUUUCAACAUGUCACUUAGCGAAGUACCUUGAAGAACGUUCUUAUUGAACAAGUAUCCCGGACUGCUAGUUUUAAAACUGACAAUACAACUCUCUUUAUGGACAUUGGGCAAGUACUGAAAAACAACUCUUUGAUUAUUUGAUAAAAAUAGAAUAAUUUUGGUAAAUUCUGAUUAGGAAGAAGUUAGACAUUUUGAGUUACAGCUGUCAGAUAUUUACUGUAAAGAGGAAUUUCCCCUGAACUGUAUGAACUGGAAAGGGCAGACAGAAUCAGGAGGUUGUUCUAGAAUGUUUUAAAAUCAGGGGAGAAGGAAAGAGUAGAUAAGCUAAGCGAUCUAAUAAAAUGUGUCUUGGGCAAUUUCUGUAGUGCUGAUUUGCAAAUUUGGACAAUGUUAUCUUUGAAUAUUUACAAUCGGAUAGCAAACAUUGAUCAUGUGGCUGUAGCAGCUCCAUAAGACAAGUGAAUUUCCUCUCUUAUCUCAAUUUUUAUUUGCCUAAAAGCUCUUCCAGUUCUGACCUAGGUGAGAUAGUUGGUAUGAAAGUAUGGGUUUUCCCCAUUUUCUUUAGGCAAGUUAUUCUAAUAAUUUCUAACACUGUUACCAACAUUGUUGAAAUAGAUGGUGGCCCAGUGACGAUUUUCCAGCCCACCAAUUUCCCAAGCUAUAACCUUAAUUUCCAGUAACCUUUCACCUUUAAAAUAUAUGUAACUGGUUUACUUUUAAGCAUGAUUUUCAACCUUGUCUUGGGUUAUAAAACUGUUGACGCAGCAGCAGCAAAGUGAAUUAUUUCUAGACAAUACUAAAUUCCAUAUUGCAAUUUCUUUUUAAAAACAAAAAACAGUAUUACUACACACCUGGAAUUCAGUUAUUGAAGUGUGAAUGGAAUUUUGCUGUCCAGUUUGCAUACUUUUCAGCCAGGCUUGGCAAAUGUUCUGUGCUGCAGCCCAAUAAUAAAGCGCAUGGGGCAAGAUCCAUCCCUCACUAAAUGCAUGAGCAGAAAACACUUUUGCUUACCCACAGGAGCAAAGCAACAGUUCCAAAAGUAGCCUUAAAGUUUAUAGGAUGUCAGUCUAGAGAGUUUCCAGCAAUGGGAGCAGGCUUUUAAGGGGGUAGGGGUUGCCACUCACUUCUUUCUGAAUCCUGUCUACUGGCUGUCAUAAAAUAUAUUCAUCUAGAUAGGGCAUUGCUAUUUUGAAAGGAUUAUUAAAUAAAACAAUCGAAAUGUUCUAUACAGCUCUAAGUUGGUGAAAACCAUUACCGAGUGUAUCUUAUGAAAUGGGGGCAAGUAAAAGUUCAGAAUAAGUUGGCUUAAUUUCUAAAUGAAUUCAAAGAGUUUGUUUAGUUUGAAUUAAACACAAAUUUUAUUUAACAAUCCAGAGUUUAGCUUUGGUCUCUCUGGGAAUUGCUCGGUAGCAAAUACAGGAUUACUUAAGCAAAGCGUUUGAAAGGGAUGGUGCAAUUUGGGUUAUUGAUUCAGUCCUAAAAGUACGUCUGAACAAUAGCAAGUGUUUGUUUUUGUUGCUACUUUAAGCGUUUCACUGCUGCCUCUUUUAAAAACAAGGUGGGCAUUUUCAGGAUCACUCUCAAUGAUGUUACUACUGAUAGAUAUCUAUCUAUCUCAUACUAUUCAAAUUAAGCAGCAUUUGAAAUUGUAUCACCAAAUCUGGAUGAAGUAUCGUAAUGUUUCAUUUAAAUGUUUCAAAAAUAGCAUUUUUUCAUGACAUGAUAAAGUGUAGCAGUCUAGAUACUAUUCUAGGAAGAAUUGGAUGCACUCAGAACUACUGGUCAUUCUGAACCAGUUUGAUGUACAGACCUAAGUUACUAUCAUAUGUAGUGUGUUCUUAUGAGUCAAAAUGAAAAUCCAAUUUAAAGUUUUCCUGCACUGGCAAAAGUCCUUUUAUUUGGUUGGUCCAAUGGGAUUGUUUGCCACUAAAUACGUUCUUUUCACAUAUGGCACUGGAAAUGGGAAAUGUGUUCAAGUUCUGUGCAAAAAGUAUACAAACAGAAUGAAGACAGUAACACCUGUAAAUCUUAGCCAGGGUGUAUAUAUUGUGUUAGAAAGUGUUGUUACAUUAAUAGUAAUAUUCUACAAAUGAAAUGUUUGCUGCCUAAGAAUGUCUCCCAUCAUGAGAUUGAAAGCAAAUGAUGACCUGAUGACCAAGAAAAAUGAUAUGCCUGAACUGAAAAAAACAAAACAGGGAGGCUGUGUGGAAGGGUUACACUAUCAGUUUUUUUAGGCAAAAUGUGACCUGCUAAUCUGAACAUAUAUGAUUGGAAAAACGAGGUACUUUAUUGAGAAUAAAUUUGAGAAGUAUUGCUGAUUUGUGAAAAGACACUGCAUUAUGAAAAUCUACUUUUCAUGAAAUUUUAGAUUUUAUGGUAUCAGAAAAACAUUAUUGCAAGCAGAUUUACUUCAUGUCAGAAUUAACACUUUUCUGAACUAUUCAGUUGCAGAUUGAAACUUAUUUGCUGCUGCAGCAGCAUACUGAAACAACUUAACAUCUGGUGCAGGGGUGGAAUGCAGAGUUGACUAUAGUAGCAUUAAUAAAAUGCCUACUCCAACAGAAAUGUACAAUAUAUUGUUUAAGCAAAUAAUUAUUUCCAGGCUAAUUCUAUUAAGAGUAUUUUUUUGGGGGGGGGGAGAAUAUAAACACAGAAAAGAUUUAUGGGAACAUGUGGUACCAUACUCUUGCUAUGUUGGUAGCUUCUCUUCAGAAAAAAACCUAACAUUUCUGAGAUGGCUCAUCAACUGCCCACAAUCACUGUCAACUCAUUUGCUCUCAGCUACCUAAAACUGUUUUUAAAAAACCAAAAGGAUAUGUUUCUUUAGUUCUUGGCCAGGGAGAUAAUACCUGAGGACCAAAUUUUGAGUCACCUGUAACAAUACGAAUGAUGAUAAUUUGGAUGACUCAUUCUCAUCCUAGAAUACAUAAAAUGUGUGGUUGUACAGGUAAAUGUAAAUCCUUAAGUUUCUAUUCUGUUGCUAUGUUAAUAAUCGAAAGCCUAGGUACAGAAUGUCAAACAAGCUGAUGAGUCUUAUCACUCUGCAAUGGCUCCUCCCUCCACCUUUUGGAUUAACAAUGUCAAGCAAUGUCUACUAGCAAUAUCAGAGAAGCAAUAAACGAAAUUGAUGCUGAAAGGGCAUAGCAGGAAAGAAGAUGAAAAGCUACUGUUCUGGAGGAGACUUCUGAAGCAUACCAGCCUUACAUAGUUAAUAAGAGAGAAAUCAGAAGACAAAUUACCAAAUACAAUAAAUGAAACAGUACGUAUAUAACGAUCCUUUCAACAGGAUAUAAAUUAGAGGAGACAGAAGCAUUCAAUGAAUGAAAGCGUGUGGUGCCAAAGAAACGGUGAUUUCUGGGGAAAUCUUUCUAAAUCAAGAAUUCUCCCAGUCUGCUACAUCAUAGUUAUAAAUACAAAAAUCUUGACAAUAAGGAACACAUUUUCCAGCCGAACAGCUUUCCCUAUUCUCUUAGGCAAGUGUGCUAACAGGAGGUGUAGAUUAGACCUUGUCAAGAGAAAAGGUUGGCUUCACCAUCUAAACAUAUAAAGGGUAACUGUAAGGUUCCAAAAUGUUUAUGAUGGUGUACAAGAGGAAAAGCUUGAUUUACUGACAUAAAUAAAACAUCUUUUUGAAAUUAUCCACUGAAACAUUAACAAGAUUUGAACAAAAAAAUAAUUAACUGCUGUGUUAGGUUUUGUUCACCUUAGUAACUUAUAGCUUGAAUUUGCUCAAAAGCAAAGUUAGCCAGUCAAUUAAUAAUGGGGGAAAUGGGCUACAUUACCAAUUUUAAUAGCUUUCCCAAUUUGCAUCUCGUGUUAUUUCUGGCUACAUUAAACUGGGAAAGAAAAAUAUUCUAUCAGGUUACACUAGGGUCCUCACCAGGAGGGACAUUAAAAAUAAAUCACUAAUAUACUAGCAGCAUUAAAGUCCUGGUCCUGAUAUGCACGCACACAAAAAACAAAACCCCACAGGGAAGCUGCAGUUUCUAGGAGAUGCCUUUAAAUCAUUGCAAUUCAGCCUCUAUGUUUCAUGUAGAAAUAUCCCAGUCUAACCAAGCUUAGAACAUAAUUUUUAAGUUAAACUUGGAUCUCUUUUCUUGAUAGCCUGCCUUUUCCAGAGGUUCUUACUGUAAAAAAAACAACACCUUUCCUAUUACCAGCAUUUGUGUUUGUUUUACAAGAUUCUGUUUCCAUGUAUCAAAGGAAUGACGAAGACAGAAAUGUCAUCUCCUGAGCCCAGUCUGUCAUUGGAUAUCCUCCAGCCUCUGUCUUUCAGCACUCCUCUGGCUCGCAUUACCAAAUCCUGAGCUGCUAAUGUGUACCUGCAUGAAGAAGAAACAGUCACAGAUUAUAGAUGCUGUAUAAUAGUAAAGGUUUAUUACUUGCUGGGCAAGGAAAGCAUUCCAUAUAACCUCUCAAAAAGUAUAAGAUUUGAAGUGCAGGAUUUGUGUUUCUAUUUUACAGACCAGUCAAAACGGAAAAGCCUGCCAGCCCCUCUGCUUGUAUGGCUGUCUUUUUCCAACCCAGUCGUCCAAAACACCUGGAGAGCACAUCAUCAGCCUCAACCAGCAUGGCUAAUGUUCAAGGAGGAGUUACAUUCCAGAACAUGUGGAGGGCACUAAGUUGGGGAAGGCUGCAAUACAGUAGUAGAGCGCAUCCUUUACAUGUGCAGAUGGUCCUAGGUUCUUGAGGUAAACAUGUCCAGGGUGGAUAUACAAAGGCUCCCUGGAAAACUGGUGCCAGUGUAUACAACAGUGAGCAAAAGGAACCAGUGGCCAGACGGUGAUGGAAGGUGGUUUUCUAAGUUCUUAAGAAAUAAGUUGGGAGAGGGGUUGUGCCUGAUAUUUUUAGUAUAUAUCUUUUUAGAUGUAUGUGGAAAAUGUUCAAUUUGUUUACUUUUUGAUGAGUUUUAUUUAUUGUUUAUGACUACUUAUGUUUGUAAUUACACACAUUUUUUCAUGUUGUAAGCUGCCAUGAGCAUGGUUUUUACUAUGGAAAGGUGGCAUACAAAUAAAAUAAUUAAUAGAUGAAUGAGACCCAUGAUCAGAUCUCUUUCUCUUUCUCUAACACAUGCAAUCAGCCAUGGAGAAAGCCAAAUUGCAUCAGGAUCUCAUCACUGAGAGACCUUUCUCUUUGUGCCAUGGGUCUUAAUAGAAAGAUGUCUGACAUUACUCUAUUUAUGGGCAGGGGUUGGUUAUACUUUUGUACCAUGUAUGGAAGAUUCUUAUUGUCUGCUGGAUAUUCUCUCCUUUUCAGUAAGGAACCGAGAGAAAUCCUGUAG